GUUCCUCUUGAAUUAACCCGUUUCAUUGUGUACUUCUCCGGUAUGUUCUCUGCUUGAAAAAAAGCCCCACGGACAAUUAGAGAGCGCAUGACUCCUUGUGGCAAGCCCAAAGAGCAAAAGCGCGUACUUGCUGGCUUUAGCAGGAGCGCGCAGUACGAGGCGUGACAACGGAAGCGCGUUCACGUGUUUGCCACCGGCUCCUGCGCUGCGAGAAAGAGAGAGAGAGAAAGAGAGAGAGAGAGAGAGAGCAUCAUCAAAACACUGGCAUACAGCUAGUUUCUUUUGCCCUCACGCCGACAGAGGACGGCCAGGAAUUCAGAGGCUAGAUUUAGUAACAACAACAACAACAUUAGCUACUGAGACCAGAGGAGGCUGCGCGCAAAGCAGUCAAGGAGAGACGAGCAUCCAUCCUUGCAUCAUCAGCAGCGGCAGUAGUAGCAGGAGCAGAUUCGGGGAUUUUCCGUGUCGGUUGCCCGGUGUUCCACACACCCUGUGCCUUUGAAACAGCUGCUGCGGAGGAGGAGGAGGGAAGCACCAGAGAGGAAGGGGGAUCAUGGAGGGGAUGCAGGCAUACGGAGCAGGGAAAGCCGGAGGAGCCUUCGACCCCGUCACUUUCUUUCAGCAGCCUCAGACCAUUCUCCGCAUAGUGUCUUGGGUGAGUGACUUUUGGAGAUAAAAAAAAAAAUAAAAAAGAAUAAAAAGAAAGAAAAAACAAGUUUGUUUGCUUUGAAUAGAGCUAUACUUAACAAAACCCCUUAAGUUUGGCAUACAUCACACCCACAAAUGUUCAAUAUGAGUGUGAAUUAACCUUGUUAGUGGCUGUUUAUGUAGAAAGGGCCUAGGCAGGCAUCACAGUAGUUAAGUGGCUGUAUGCAGACAACAAAUCCUUCUUUAUCACUUUAUUUUACUUCCUUUGUCUUAUAUAAAUGGGUGCUAAUACCUUGGAUGUUCCCAUUGUGUUUAAAGCACUAAAUAUGGAGUUUUCAUUAGGCUGAUGUAGGCCCAGAAUUAGUUCUAAUCACCACUAAUAACAUUAACUGCCCUCUUUUCUAAUAAUACAUUAGUCAGCAACUCAUAUUUUCUAAUAAGCACAGAACAACACACAGGCACACUCCAAGGAUUUAUUCACAAAUAAUCUCAUAAUUACUGCCCACCCUUUCUUCCCUCAUGAGAGGGAGCAUUAUUGGAAAGGGAUAGCAACAGUGAGGGCUGUUUUUAACAAGUGUAGCAAACAUAAGGUGACAAGAUAGGUCCUCCAAUUCUCUAAAAGGUAUAUUAAAAUAGUGGAGUUUUGUGUAAAGUUUGCAGAUUUAAAAUAGCAGCAUGAUAGCUCUUAAAUCCAACAAAAACAGAUACAACAAUACACUAAAAUGUACUCAACUGCCUCUUCUUCUAGUUUUAACAGUACAUGUAUAUUUUUUGUUCCGGAAACCACAGAUUUUUUCCCACUUUCCAGGAUGAAUAAGUACUUUGUGAUAACUUACACUCGCUAACAUUAUUGUCCCUCAAAGGUUCUGUGAGGACCUUUUUUGAUGGACUAAAAUUCACAUUGCUGCAUUUUAAUGAUAUAAAAGCAAGCAAGAUCAUCAGAGACAGAAAUAGAUUUUUUUGAUAACCCUAACCCUCAUCUGGAGAGAGGCCUGUAGGUGUCAGUCAAGUAGUUAAAGAAACAGCCCUGGUUUUAUGUGUUCCACAUAAAAAUAAAAAAAAAUUCAGACUAAAUUAUAUUUUUGACUUUUUACGACUCAUUGUGUCAUCAAUUGUGAUUAUUUUAUGUGGAAUUUGUAAAAGAAGGUUAUUUCUUUAGCCCCUGAGCUGACACCUAACCCCUGCACGGCUUCGAGGCAUUAAAACUACUGAAUAAAAGUUACCAAUCUUACCGCUGAUGGUCUGGUUUGCUUUUGGAUACCAUGAAAAGGCAUCCAUAUGAGUUUAAGUCCAUUUUAUAAAUGUCAAAAAACUCCUCAUAGGAGCUUUAAACUGACUUAGAAUGUGCUAGAAGUUUUGUUUCCUUCAAAUAUUGUCUGAAAAACACUUUUAUUAUUAUUUUCUUAGUGACAAUAGCACAGGUUUUGUUACCAACUAAACCCCCAUACUUUUGUUGUUGCUUCUCUGUAAGAACCAUGCACACUUGCUUUAGCUCGAGGAGAAAAAUGAAGUAUGUGUUUACCUUUAUGAUGCUGCAUCCCUGCUCAACACAAUACCUAGCAUGCUGGUUUACCCUUCAGGGUGCCCUUACUUUCCAGCAGAAAGUCAUACAGAUGAGACUGUGUUUUAUUUAUAGGUCUGCAUCUGAGUGACUCAAAAUAACUCUGGGAGUGUUUUCAGGCACACUGAGAAAAUAAAGACACUAUGGAAACAAUACUUUCCAGCAAGUAGGCAAGAGCUGAUCUGUAAUCUAUGCUUUCUUAUGAAGUUAUACAUUUUUUUUUUUCUGGGAGACUGUGGUCUUAUAGACACUUGGCUAGGAUCUGAAAAAACUCUUUUACUGAGAAAAAUGAUUCACAGCUUACAAUCAAAUAUUCUCACCCUGUGUUCAAAUUUUCUGCCCCUUGUGACCGAGAGCAAAUGAAACAUAACUGUGACUUUCAUAUCUAAACUGUAUGAAUUAAGUGUGGAAAUAGGUCAAGAGCGUGUUAACCCUUUAGUCUACAUGUGAAGGCAGUCAUGUGUGAGGAGUGAACCCUGAUAGACUUUUUGAUUCAUGUCGUCAGGUCCAGUUUUCAGAGUGAUGGUUGUAGAUACAAACACACAUGUUAGAAAGAGUCAUUUGGUUCAUUUUGUUUUAUUUGGCAUUUCCCAGUACAGGCCACAGACACUUGGAGCUCUGUAGAUAUCCUGUGUCACAUUAAGCGUAAAAGAUCUGCAAUGAUUCUAGCAUGAAGGCAAAACAUCGUGUUGAAGUUAGUUAGCAGAGCAGGACUGUUAGAAAGAAAAAAAUUCAUAACCAUGUUUAAACAAGUGUGAAAUUACUGGAAUAAAAAAAGUCUUAUAUCAAUAUAAUGGCAUGUCCCUGUACACGGAGGCUGCCAUCUUGUUUCUACAGUAGCACAGACUGAACAAUCUAGAUAUGCUUUUUUGUACUUGGGGGCCAUUUGAAAUGCAGUGGUUUGGGGACAAAAAUAGAAGAUUAAAAAAGAUAGGUGUUUAUGAUGGUAAAAACUUUUCAAAUAGAUAUCGCACUUAGCAUACAACCACUGCGUUCCACUGAAUCAGGGGUAGACUGGUUUGCAGACUUGGCUGAUUACCAGGACCAAUAUUUGGCAUUUGGCUGAUAACUGUAUCAGUGUUUUAUUUUACUGAUUGCUGAAAAAGUUUGCAGCACUGGGUCCACUGUUGGUGUAUCUUUCCCUCUGGGUCUGUUUUCACUCAUCACUGCUCCUGCAUGUAAUGCUGAAAGUUUCAGUUUUGAUAGGAUUUUCUUAAAGGCAUUUAAACUAAGCUUUGUGAUGGAGUUUGUGAUACUCCAAACUCUACAUUUUGACAGACAGAUUGUAAUUUUUACUGUAAAUAUGCUUCAGCUCUAAGUAUCAAUUAUCUGCCUCACAUGCUACUAACUUUGUAGCGGGCCUGAAAGACAGAUAUCAGUCAGUCACUACAUUAUGUAUUUCUAUUGAUAUACGUUGUGCCUUUAAAACAAUAGUUCAGUCAUGGUGAAGGGUUUUAUGUAUUUUACUUUCAUGGUGUUUGGUUCCUUUAUUGGAGAAGAGAGGACAGUGGAUAAAGGAGAAACAAGAGAAAGAGAGAGCAAGGUGAUGUGUGCCACAAUCAGGAGUCAAACCUGUCACAGUCUCCAUCUGGCAAAACCUCUAUUUAUGCAACUAGCAUUACUCAUUGUGAGCGUAAACAAUGUUCAAAAGUCUUUUGAAGAGUUUUGUGAUAUACUUUCAAAAUAAACAGCACAGUAUAACUCUCUCUUAAGAAAUAGAUAAGACGAUCUUUAUUUAUCCCUGAAAGGGAAAUUUGAUUGUUUGAGUUGUAAUGUCUCAAGUGUUAUGUCAUCUUUCAUUUACUAAGAUUACUUAGGAGCCUAGAAUGUGUAAUAUUUCCACAGUUUGCUGCCAUUUUCCUUAAUUCCAACUUGUUUCGUGACCUCAAGUGUAUUAUUAUUGCAUAGAAAAUCAAUCUUACUGUAGCUGUUACUUUUAAUGUUCCUGCAAAUAGGUAGGCUACAAAGAAUGUGGAUUUUUUAGCAAGUAGUAUAAGAGCUCUUUACAACUUCAUACUUUAUUUUCCCCCAAGUUCAUGGAAAGACUCCAAACUCAGGAAAGUUUGGGUUUAUAAUUUCACUUUAUUUAUAUGUUUUGAAAACAAAGUAGCCAAUUCCACAUAAAGCAACAUAUGAAAGCUGAUUUAUUUUAUUUGUUUUUUUAAAAAAUGAGAAAAUGUUGAAGAGGGUUGCAAAUCCAUUUUGUGAGGAUGAAUGUGCUUUGUUGAUUUCCUGUUUCAUUCAAGAAAUUACAGGUAGAAUAAAUGGCCAAUUACCUUAUCUAAAAUUUAAAGCAAGUUCAUAAGAAUUAGAUGCAAUAGAAUGUGUUGUUACCUAGAACAGGUGUGGUUUGUUUUCUUCACAAAAGGCCUAAACAAUCAUUAUAAGUGCUGUUUUUAAAGAAAUUUUAGUAUAUUGAUUGUUAAAUUUAAUAAUUAUUUCAAUAUCUCAUAAUAUUGUCAUGGUCAACAAACUACACCUGAUUUCUAUUUAACAUUACUCAACUUAAACACCACUGCACACAAACAACAAACCUGCGCACUUACAGGUAUGAAGUGACUCUACAGGUCCCUGUGAGAAGCCCCACCUCUCUCACUGUCACCAGAGCAACAAUGUGUCUCCAUAGUAACAGCCACAGCCUGAGUUGUGAUGUUUGGUGUGAUGGUGCUAAAACUCAGUCUGCUGUGGAUUGUGGUGGAGUAAACACUCUCAGCACUCUCAACAUUUGGUGAUGGGGAAGUCAAAUACAGGCCUGUGUGUGCGUGCGUGCGUGUGUGUGUGUGUGUGAGAGAUGGGGAGGAUACAGGUGGGAAUGGAUGGCUUAGCCCAGUCAUAUUUGGAAAGAGAGGGCAGUUUGUGGAUCCUCUUUUUCCUUGUUUCUGGCCUCUUGGGUUUCAUGUGACAAUAGUGAGUCUGUGUGUGUGGUUCAGCCUCAGGAAGCUGGUCCAGUAUGUGUCUGAUGAUACCUGAUGGAUGGAGGAGAUGAAUUUAGUCACAGAUGGAGGGAGAGCACUUUGUGUUUGAUGAUUCUCCAAAUCAAAAAGUUAUCUUUCUACCUUGGGUUCUACUUUUGAUCUACUUUGGAAAGACCCUCCCCCCUGAGGGUCAUUAACCUGAAAGGGUCGUUGACGACCCCUGUCAUGUGACCACAUGACUCAUGCCACCUGAGUCAUGUGGUCCCAGGUGUGAAUGUUUGUGGAGCUUCCUGGGGAGAGAGCUGAGGACUGCAUUGUAUGUGCAUUGAAUGAAAGGGAGGAGAGACGCAAGAGCACUGUAAUCCCUUACGUUGCAGGCCUGUCGGAAAAACUCAAGAGGAUCUUUGGCAAACACCAUAUUCCUGUUCAUUUCAAGCCUGGCAACACACUGAGGCAGAAGCUAGUCCAUCACAGGGACAAAACACCGAGACAUAAACAGAGUGAUGUGGUGUAUGCUGUCCAGUGCAGCGAGGAAUGCUCUGACCUGUACAAUGGGGAAACUAAACAACCGCUUCACAAGCGCAUGGCUCAACACAGGAGAGCCACUUCCUCAGGUCAGGACUCAGCUGUCCACCUUCACUUAAAGGACACGGGUCACUCUUUCGAGGACAGCAAUGUACAGGUGUUGGCUAGAGAAGACAGAUGGUUUGAAAGAGGAGUUAAAGAAGCCAUCUUUACCAGACUGGAGAAACCUUCUUUGAACAGAGGGGGUGGACUCAGGCACAACCUCUCCGGCACGUACAAUGCAGUUCUCAGCUCUCUCCCCAGGAAGCUCCACAAACAUUCACACCUGGGACCACAUGACCCAGGUGGCAUGAGUCAUGUGGUCACAUGACAGGGGUCGUCAAUGACCCUUUCAGGUUAACGACCCUCACGGGGAAUACCCAGAGAUGGUUUUCUAUGACCCAUUCUUUUCAACUCCUUCCAGUCGUUGUCUGUCCCCUUCUCCAGUAAGAUAAAUAUCUGCUCCUCACACUAGCAAUAAUUAGAACUGAAGUACAGAUUAUUUCUUUCUCUGCUUUUAGGCAAUUCUUAAAUUCUUGCUGCUCUUCAAGGACUUGGGUUCAUUGUGAGGGCAGCUUAUAACAUCUUAAAAAUCAUUUCUUUGCGGCUAAAUUUGGUGUUGGAGUUUCCUUUGUGCUUUAUUCCACAGAUGAAUCAUUGUGACUUUCAGAAGUCAACGUCUGCCACAAGCUGAAUUUACAGACACUCAACUUUAAACUUCAGCUGGGAGAAGUGGGACAUGUGAUAUGUGACUUUCUUUGAACAUUAUAGUUCAAGCAAAAAUUUUUGCAAAAUGAAUGCUAUGAAGAUCAAAAAGGAGUAGCAUUGAAAUAAUGUUGUAUGGGGAUAAUGGCAGUCAAAUGCCUCCAUUAUCAAGACAUAAUUCACAAUUGUAAUAUUAGCUUUUACCUUUAUCUGCACAUUCCUUAAAUUGUGCCUUUUUUUAUCAUUUCCAGUCACCUAAACUUAUCCCUUAUUCAGCUAAUGAACUGUUCUCGGGUUCUCUCUCACUGACACACUCCUGCUUAACUGUAAAACCCAAAUAUAGAAUAACGCAAAAUAAAAAAAAGAAUAAAAAAAAUUCAACCAUUCAGAUGUUGUUGUGGGAGGCCUUUGGGGGUUAAAAUGGAGUGUUUUCAAAAAUGUAAUGUUUUAGUAAGUUUUUACGGAAAUGUUGUAAUAUUGCAAUUUGGGUUAGCAUUUCAGAUUUAGCAGUGCCUAUUAAGAGUCUGUAAUUGCUGAGUAACUAUUUGAUAUUAGCUUCACAAACACACACUUCUGCAGUGAGGUACACAUUCUGGCAGCUCCAUGUAAAACAGGAAGACACUCACACACAAACACUCACAGUUUGUUAGUGCCUACAUGUCAGAAUGCAGCCACAGCUUGAAAGCUAUUUUAAUAUGCUUGUGGCAUAGUUGAGUUUUACUAAGGCCUUUAUGUGUCUGCAGAGCUUAUGUUGCAGAAAUUCUCUGUAUGUUAUGUGUCUGCAGCUUAGAGGACAUUUAUAUUUUUACAUUGAUUUGUAAUCCAAUAUCGGCAGUUACAGCCAGCAGCUAGGAAUGUUAAUGUAUACUGGUAUUUGUCCAGAUAGUGUCACAAAGACCUUGACAUGGUAGAUUGUAUUAUGGUGGACCUAAGUUAAGGAUUUCGGUCAAAGUGAGGAUUAUUUUAGCUAGUUACAAAACAGACUAACAUAAAUGUUUAUGCCCUAUUUAUAGUAUAACCUUGGCUCAAAGUAUUCAUAAUAUAAUUGUAAGGAAAUGUGAGCUUGACGUUGAAUAAAUCUUUAGAAAUCCUCCGUGAGUGACGCAUGUUUAUCUGUGAGCAGAGAGGAUGUGAUCAGCAGUAUAAAAUGCAGAUAGGAUCAAUAGUUGAGGUGGUCUUAUACUCACUGGUAGACUCUCAGACAAUGAUGAUUGGUGUGAUGUGAUUAAGUGGCUGAAAGAGGCCGGGAUAUGUGUCCAGGGGAUUAUUACAAUGUAAAGAAUCGCCUUACUUAGGGGGAAAAAAAUCCUUAAUCAGUCAGAAAACGUAGAAGGGAGGAAAACAUGGCUGAUUGUGGUAUCAUGAUUGUACUUUGGUAAGCAUCAACAGGGCUGAUAAAAGGAGAGGUUCUCUGUUGAAGAUACAGUUGACAACAUAAGUUUACAUAGAACAGGUUUCAUAAUGACAUUAUCCUGAUAUCUAUGGAAAACAUAAAAGGGUAAAGGAAAGGAAGUGUUUAACUCUAGCAGAGCUAGUGCCACUAUCCUUCACUUCUUGCAGAUUAAAACCCAUAAGCCUGUGCAGGUUACAUAUUGCUAUUAGGUGGUUGUCAUUCAGUUUAAGUAAACACUGCCUACAUAUAACUUUAUCUCCAUAUUUUAGAUGACAGCCAUGACAAUUGUUACUUUUCUACAAGAUGCCCUCUGCCGACUCGGACUGUACUUUUUGUGCCUAUUUAGACACAAAAUUACUGGAUGUCUGAAACUGUGCCAAGAUAAAAAAAAAUAUUUGGAAUUUCCCUUUGAGAUGGAUAUAACAUCCAGUCAAAAUGCACUUUAUGCAGCUUUUUUUCAGCCCAUGUGAACAAAGCGUACAUCUCAUCUUCUGCUGAUCUCGCGUACUAGUCUAAUAAAAAAGAUCUGCUAACCAGACUGGCUGCAGUCAUACUGGAUUCUGUUGCUCUGCUUUACAUGAUCAAGGAACCAUCUGUUUCCUUAUAAUGAUAAAACCUUGUUUUCUGCGAUCAUGUGAUCGUGUUUUGCUAAUUGCCUCUGUAAUUUGAAGGUAAGGGAUUGUAGUGCAUCAAAAAGAGAGGCAGGCUGAGGAGAGCAGCGUGCACCAGUUGGUAGAACAGAGUGCAGACAUACUGGACUUGGGAUUGUGUCUCUCUGUCUCUCCUCAGUGCUGCAGUGGCUCUCCUUGAAUUGUACUUUAACAAGGUCUCCUCCCUCUAUCACUUUCUCUCUCUCUCUCCUGCUCUCUCAUUACAUGAGCAGCCGCUGCCAUGGUGACAGCAGCAAUCAGGUAUGCCCAGUCCAGGGUAGUAUGCUGCAGCAGCAGACAAUAAGCCACACACAGAGUCAACACACCCUGAUACACAAAUAUCCUUCAGCAGUGAUCCUGUAUUAUUCAGAGGUCCAGCUCGUUCACUGCAGAUUGGGAGUAUGACAAAGUAUUGAUGUGGCCAAAUAAUGCAAGCAUGUUGAACACACCUUGACCCAUACAAUGCCGAAUAUCUAUAUUUAGAUUUUAAAAUAAUUCAGCAUUUCACUACAUAAUGACUCAUGCUCAUGACAUCAAUAUGAGCCAUAGUGCAAUUUGCCUAUUCUGUAAAGCCAAACCUGGGACAGAGUCGGCUCCUUCUUCUACUGUGGUUGCUUUGGAGUGGCAGCAUGUCGGUAGUUGCGUCUAGAGAGGAUUAUUAUGUCCUUGAGUGCCUUGUGUAAGCUUGGAAUACACAAAGCACACAAAUUAAAUGGAACUUUGAAUGAGUUUGAUAUUAGAUUACUAUAGAUUAGCGGUUGGAGUAGGCCAGGGUCAGAGGUGAAGGGAGUUCUGAGAAUUCAGGAUCUGCUUCUCAGAGGACAGUUUUUUCACCACGAGAUUAAUCCGUAUUUUUGCACAAAUCAAGCUGAUUAUUUGGUUGAUAAAGGGCGGCAACUAGAGCAGAAAACAAGGCUAGGCCAUUUGUGCCCCAUCUACACUGAUUACUGUAAAACAAACGCAUGAUUUUUCGCCUAUCUUGCUGUUGUUAUAUAAUGUAUUUGUAUUUGGCAAAGUUUCAUCGUCACUAUCUGAAAGUGAGAGCUCAGUAUAGCAGAGAUGUAUAUCAUCUCUCAUUUAUUGUGAUCGGAAUGUGAGUCGGCCCAGAGACACUUAACAGGAGUUGUUCACUAUGAAGAUGGCGAAUUAUAACUUGGCAUCCAACCAGUGUUGAGUGUCACUACUAAUAUCUGUCUUUUGUAUUUGCUUAACAUAUAUUUUAAAAUCAAAGUGACCUCCUACUUACUCACAACUCACUUACAGGGCUUCAAAACUCUUGCUGUGGUGUGUGACAGACUUAUCAUCAAUUGACAUGUGUCAUCAUCUCCUCAGAUCACACCUCAUUCUGUCCCAGUUUUCCAGCGUCAACACAUGCCAGCAGGUAAUUUGUCAGAUUCACUCCACAGAUCAUCACAUCAGCGCUCCUAUAAGUGUCACAGUGGGCAGGAUGCUAUUUUACUUAAGCUAAUAAAACAGCAGCUGCAUGUUGCACAUAAAACUGUCAUCACAUCAUAUCAGCGGCUCAGCCUCUGCCAGAAAUCUGCUUUUCUAAAUUUGAUCUUAAUAUUUCACAAGCAAAAAGUGCAUACACCAUAAAUCUGAAUUUACAACCACCAAUUCAGCAAAUUGUGAUUUCCUCAAUAAUAAAUCCAAACCAAAGUGAUUAAUUUCCAAAGCAAUGAGAGUUUUUACAUUUGUGUGUCACAGUUGGACCUCAGCAACAUUAGAGCAGGUCAAAAGCUGCAGAGAGCUGCAGCAACAAAAGGUUGAUCAAUGUUCUAUCAUAUUUCAUUGAUACUGGGAUGAUUCGAACCAUGACAUUAAUCAUGUUGGAGGCUAACGUGGUUAACAACAGUGCAAAUAAACACUCAUGGCUAAAUUGGCUCACUGUUGUUGCUCUAAAAACAAAAGGCUGAGUUCAUGGUCGCAUAUAUGGCAAAACAGAAAAAAGACAAGACCAGGGUAGAUGCAUUCAUAAGUAUUACAAGUCAAUAAUUAUUAAUAAUGAACAUAAUUUACUUGCAUAUCAUCAUCCAUUUUAUAAUUAUGUUAAAAUUUAUUAUAUAUCCACAUCAGCAGCUGUGACAUUAAAGGUGGGGUAGGCAGGAUUCCGUUAAAGAAGCAUCUUUUUUGUGGUGUAUAUACAAAAAAGCUUGAAAUAUCAGUCAAUAGCUAUUAGUUAUUGAUGACAUUUGGUAAUAUAACGAUAUCGCUGCGUUUUGUUACGUCUGUGUAGGAAACAUUUUAAAUUUUUUGAUGGAGCAGAGAGGGAGGGGAGAGGAGGAGCUGAGGGGAAAACUGGUUGAGAGGGGUAAAGUUUACAUUCAAGAUUUCUCCCAAAAUCUGACACUUCCUCAGAUCCUGCCUGACCCCACUUUAACUCAUAAAACAAUGACUUUUAUUUUGAUAUUUCUUCUGUUUUGCGUUGAUGUUGCUAUAUUUCCUACAUUGAAAAAACAUGCUUUUAUUUUGAAGUAUAAACUACACCAGGUGGAUCGUAGAUUAUAAAACUGAAGUUAAAAAAUGGUUGAAAAGUGUUCAUGUUUAAUCAUGAGCGUCAGCAUUACAUUUACAUUUUUAUGAUAUGUCACAACCAGUAUAAACAACCUUAGCUACAAACUUAUUUGCUUAUUUUCAGAACAAUAUCAAUAUACAGCCAUUCAAUAAAGACAUUUAUCAUCGCCACCAACAUUUUGAGACAAUUCUGGUCUCACAUUUAGACGGGCAUGUACCUUCUUUUUCCACUAAAAACAUAUUAUCCCCCGUACUGUUUGAAAAAUAAGGAUCAUAUGGAUUAUUGAGGAUUAUUGUGGUUUCACAUGAGCCACCUUCUCAGGUCAAAAAAACAACAAUGAGCAAAGCCACUGAGACUGUGUUUGAUAGACUCACACUGUUAACAAAAGUCUCAUAAAUUCAUAAAUCUGAAGGUUACAGUCACUUCACUCUGCAGACUAGUAUGUCAUUUAUUGGUCCACUGUGAGCACACUAUGUCGAAGGCCACAGUUAGAAAGACCUGAACAAAGUGCAAUGCCAAACUAUGGUGUGUGUGUGUGUGUGUGUGUGUGUGUGUGUGUGUGUGUGUGUGUGUGUGUGUGUGUGUGUGUGUGUGUGUGUGUGUGUGUGUGUGUGUGUGUGUGUGCUGCUGAGUCUAAUACAGGAUUUUGUUCGAGGUACAGUGUGUAAAUACCAGGGUGACCAGAGGCCCGGCUCAAUUGUCUGGCCUUUACAAAGGAUCCGAAAGGCCUUUCAUCCUGCACAACAGGCAGCCAGACUGGACUGCUAUGAUUUUGGCCUACACAGGGACAUCUGAGAUAUCUGUUUGCAGUGUGGGUGUCAGAGCAUUUGAUGUGAGAUAGAUUCUAGCUUUGUUUUAAAGUAAAGCAAUAAGGGGAAAAUGGAGUUCCAGUAAAAGUAAGGUAGAAAGAGUUUGAAAAACUUAAUACACAUAGUUUAGAAAGAAUGUACACACACACACACACAAUUCUGCAAACCUAAUGUGCAAUUUGUAAGUGAACCUCUGAUAGUCACAAGAUCUGAAAGCCACGUGGUGUCCUUCACAGUGCUUGCCUUCAUCAUCACCAGAGGCCUUGUGAUCUGUAGACGGAUCAGAGGAGCCGGGAACUACCCUAUACACACACACACACACACACACACACACACACACACACACACACACACACACACACAGCUUAAGAUGCUGUAUAACAACAGUAUCACAGCUAAAAAGAGUGGGGGAGGGUGUGAAAGACAUAAAUGAAACCAUGUCACAUGUCACAUGUCACAACUUUUACGGCUCCUCGGUGAGAGAAGAGUGGUGCCGAGGUACGGGGGUUAAACUCUCUACAGUUGAACAUAUUCUGUGAGCUCCAUCUCUUAAGACCUAAGGACGUCCUCACACGAGGACGGCCCCAUAUUGUCUUGGCAUCGGCACCAAAACAUGUAUCGCUGUUUACACAUCGUAUUGUACAUAGGCUUAGUGCAUUUACAUGACAACGCAAAAUCCAUGCAAAAUCCUGUAGUACACACGCCCGGCCUAAAGGUUCGGGUUGCCUGUCUGGUUCUGCUCCGAGGUGGAUUCCACGACAACAAGUUGUGCACGCGUAACAUGCUGUGUCUCUGCAUGAGCACUUGUUGCUGUUGUUGCCAUAGCUGGUGUUGCUGUUCUAAAUGUUGGUAUAAAAGUCGUAGCAAUAUUUGUAGUUGCUGGAUCAAGAACAAAAUCACCCCAGCUACCGCCAUUGUUGUUGUUGCUGUAUGUGUGACACCGUGGGUCGGGGGGCAGGGAGGGGGAGGGGUGCUAUGAGGUCACCGUCUUUUCCGGACGUGUCUAUUUAUACCAACUACGGCAUGAAGACGAAUACCCAGAUAUCCACCUGCAGACCCGUUUUCAAAAAAGAUGCGGAGUCAUGGACAAAUACGCAUCUCCGUGUGUCAAUAUCACCAGAUCGAUUGUUUAUUUUUCCGGUGUCUUACAAAUUUGUACUCAUGUAAAGACCACCUAAGACUUAAGACCUAAACUAGUUUUUUCUGCUGUAAUAACUUCUCUUCCCUGGGUUAUUACAAGAUAAAAAAAGGCCAUUAAGGCUUUAUAAACAACCUUUUGUGUAAACAAUACUACAUAGUAUGAAGUAUGAAAAAAGCUAACCGUGGUGAGAUGCAUGGCUGCAUUCAAAAAGUAGUUGGCAGUUUUGAGUCUGUGGGCUCUACUUUCGUGUACGCCGGUGAGGCGACGGAGGGUGGCGGACCCCGCACAGUUGUAUUUUUGUCUGGCGGAGCCUGGCGUACAGCCAGUUUGGUAUUUUCGUGGACUGAGGCGUACGGAGGCGAACCGAGAUCCACCAAGCUGGGCGUGGUGGCGGGGCAGGGGGAGGUGUCGACAGAAUCAGUGGGCGCAGUGACAUUUUCGUGCUUGCCAUUGGCGUGUAAAGUGCGCUGAAAGCUUGCCGAUUCAAACCUGGUCAGCUUUCAGCGCAGGCGGAGUGCAGCUGGUCUAGUGGUAUUUUGGUAGACCGGCAGCGUAUCGACAUACGUCACCGAUGCCUCACCGGCAGGUUUCCACAGUGUCAGGCACAUUUCAGUGCAAUAAAUAAUCAUCAACAACUAAUAAUCUGAGUUAGCACAUACAUUUAGAUCUAUAUAGAUAUAUUCUGAUCUGAUGAGCGCGUUUGGCACGCGUUUGGACAUGCAAGCUGACCGAAUCAACACAGCUGAAACCACAUUAAAUUAAAUUAAAUAUCUAGUAAAUAAACACACAUGAUGAAGUUAACAAGAUAUUCAAUUUGUCUCCCUCCUUUUCUUUCUUCCUCUUCCUCUUAUUUCUCCCGCAGCUCGACCUGGACAUGUCUCCGUGUCCUCUCUCCGUCCUGCUGCAGCUGCGGCUGAACAGAUGAUUUGUUUCAGUGCUCAGAUGAGUUAUCUACUUUAAGCCGACAUACGGAUAUUAUAAUAUUCAGUUUUGUGAGCCAAAUUUAUUUUAUAUGCCAACAUCUAUGAAAGAAAGAGCCAGGCCACGGAGCGCAAUGCGUCAUUUACGCACAGAUGGUUCCGAUUUUAAUGCCAUUUUUGGAGUUAAUGUUGUGAUCUGUGCGCACAACCCACCUUUGUCACGUGAGGUUUGAAUAUAUGCAACUUUAUGUCAGUGAAUCCCUCAAAGCACAUUGGCUGCAAGUGUUACAUGACAAUAAUACACUUAAUGGUUUAUAUUUAAGAGAUUUAUCAAUGUCUUGCCAAGUUUGUGAAAAAAUUAGUGGAGGAGCAAGGAUGCUCACAUUCUGGCUCUUGAAAAGGAAUUUGUCUGGCUGUUGAAUCUAUGUUAACAUUAGUGCAGGAUUACACAUAGAAAGAGCAGUACACCAACAUUUAAACAGCCGGCAGUGUAUUACACAUUGUGUACGUAUGACUGGCUGCCUAUUAAGCCAGCACAGGCUACAGUAUCCUACCAUCCUUUCUUUCACUCUGGUACAGGAGUCGCCUUUUUCACCUUCUUUCUGAGACUAUGGUUAAUGCCAAGCUCAAGUUUCCUCUCAUCAAGGAAUAUGUUUGCCUGCAGCUUUUGUUGAGAAAACUUGCCCACAUGAUGCUGCUAUACAGGGGCAUUGCAUUGCACUGUACUUGAUUGAGGUGGAAAUCACUAGUGGCCCCAUGAUACGAUAUUAUCACUAAACUUGGGCCACAAUUGAAUAUUAUUGCGAUUUUAACAUUUUGCAAUACAGUGAGUAUUGCAAUACAAUAUAUUGCGAUUUAUAUACAAAACCCAAUUCCACUUAAGUUGUAUGUUAUUUAUAUGUAAACCAAGUCUAACUCCACAGGAUCAAAACCAAACAAAAAACCAAGGUGGGUGCCUGGCAGACACUAGCCCUCCAGGAGGGAGAGAGGGAGCCAUUUGAAUUCCCCCAGCUUUUAAAGGGCUCCACACAAGUGGAACCAAUCCCUGAAUGAGAGGGUAGGGGCAGGCACUCCAGGUGCAUCUGGAAGAGAGAAACAGAGGCAGGAAAACAGGAAACACACAGCGCCCCCUAGGCCUGUGCCUGUCACACGGGCACUAUUUUCAUGACUCGCCCAUGGUGUGGCAUAGGCGCGGCAUAAGUCAGGUCCGCCCUGCCAAUGAGGCGUGCCCAAGUGCACUUUGGUAUUUUGGUAAGCGGCGCUCCCCGGCUUAAGUAUCCCCCCUCCCUAACUCAGCUCCUCCCUGUGGUGUAAGUGGGAAAGAGAGAGGGGAGAAGGCAUGGAGUGGGUUUAACGCAGAGUCCUGUUUUCACCAAUCAUAUCAGCUUCUCUCCUCACUUUGAAAUCCGCCACCGGCAAGGCGUAUUACAGUUUUUGUGAAGUAGUCGAAGAGAUCAAGAGAUGGCUGAAUGCCACACGAUGGCGAAGAGGCAGCCUCUCAACAAGUGUCACGGUAAGCACAGCAGGGCGUCCUCCACACUCGGGGGACAAAUUCAAUAUCUUGCUAACUUCAUCAUGUGUGACUAUUUACUGGAUAUUUAAUAUAAAGCUGUUUUAGCUGUGUUAAUUCGGUCAGGUUGAGUGUCUAAACGCGUGCCAAACGCACUCAUCAGAUAAGAUAUAGAUCAGAAUAUAUUGAUAUAGAUCUAAAUGUAUGUGCUGACUAAGAUAGUUGUACUGAAUACUGGUUGUUGUUAAGUAUCUACUGCACUCAAAUGUGCCUGACACUGUGGGGACUGCCUAUGUAGCAUUGGCGACAUGUGCGGACUAUGCUGCUGGUCUACUAAAAUACCACUAGACCAGGUGCACUCCGCCUGCGCUGGAAGCUGACCAGGUUUGAAUUGGCGAGCUUUCUGCACAUUUUCCACACCGCUGGUGGGCACGACAGUGCCACUGUGCCAGCUGAUUCUGUUGACACCUCCCCCUACCGCGCCACCAUGCCCAGCUAGGCGGACCUCUGUGUGCCUCACUCUACGAAAAUACCUAACUGGCUGUGCACCAGGCUCCACCAGAUGAAAACACCACUGCACAGGGUGCGCCUUCUUCCGCCGCGCUGCUGGCGGACACAAAAAUAGAGCCCCAUAUAUCACCAAAAAAAAUAUUGCAAUACUAUGCUGUAUCGAUUUUUUCUCCAACCCCUAGUACAUGAUACCAUACUGUACUUUACUACUUUAUUCAAAAAUGACAUUUAUUAAGUUGUCAUUUUUCUCUAAACCAAUGCAAAUAAUGCAAACAAUAUUAUUUAAUGUUAUUUUUUUAUGUUCAACUAAUUCAACUAAAUAAUUACGGUUUCGUAAUGAUCUGUGUAUCUCUGUCAUCUGUGCCUCAGCUCCAGCCAUCAAGAACUCUGCCGGAGAAAAGCUCAGCAGUUCAAUCUGCUCCUUGCCAUGUGACAGCAAAUAUAAUUGUGACCCAGAAGACAGCGCGCUUUCAGACCAAACCAACUAGGUCAUGCUAAAACCUAUCCUUGUUUCAUGAGGGGAGUUUGUGUGUUUGUGCCACUGUGAAAGGAAAAGUGUGGGACAUAGAGGCACAGAGGAAAAGGAUGAUCCCUGGUGGUGAGUAUAGCUGAGAUUGUCAGGGGAGAGUCAGAAAACCAAACUGUGUUACACUUAAAGGUAGUGGCCCUGCAGGUCCUGUUGUCCUUGUUACCAAACAGACUGUGCUUCUCUGCAUCCGUUACACCAAAAUAAAAGAAAAAGAAAAAAAAACACAAGGGAGACAGAUGGAUAUGUUCUUUAGUCACUGUGUGGACCCAAACCUCAUUAUCAUCAUCAUGCCUGCAUUUUGGGGCUUUUAAAUCUAUGUUAAAAAGCAGUUAGGACAGAGAGGUCAGGAAUUAUAGGUUAUGCACUGUCAGUCAUUUCAUAAUCCAAGUGUAGAAAUUUGACUGUGUGGUAACAUAUUCAACAGCAGCAUCUCUGCAGGUGCUUGAAAGUCACCUAUCGUCACCCUAUUAAAAUAAUGGCCUAAUUCAUUUUUUGACAAAAAUGAGUUUUUGGCUUAAAUUAUCACUAUAAUGCUGGCCACCUCCGGUAAAAUCGCCUUAAGGAUUUAUAUUUAAAUGUGGACCGCUGUAUCGUAUGCAACAACAGUUCAAACUAUCAUGCAGUCACAGGUGGAGUAAGGAGAGCAGGGAGUGGAGCAGGAAGUGUGUGGGGCCUAAAAAGCCAAGGAAUGACAUAAGCAUGACCACAACCAGGCUGUAGCGGUAACAGACGGGAACAAGGGUUAACAAGCAAAUAUAAUCCUUAUUGUUGACAACAUGUAGAGAGACAGAGAUGGACAAAGAUGAAACUGAUGCACAUUGAGCUCAGGGACUCUCAGAAAAGACUGUGUAUCAGUGACUCUGAUGGGGCAGUCUAAACCUAUAGCAACAUAACUAAAGGCUAGUUCAGGCCUGAACCUGCUCUGUCUAUAGGCUGGAGGGAUCUUCAUCUUCAGAUGCAAGUAUGCAAGUGUGCAAAUAAAUACAAACAGACCCGUUUCCCUUUUCAGUUGCUGCAUCUUUGUAUUGUUCUUACUCUAAAAGGAUAGAUCAUAAGGUUUACUGUGUUUUCUCUUGUGCUUUUGUGCUCUUGUGUGAGUAUGAGUGUGUGAGACUUUGUUAUUUUGACCUGAAUACAAGAAGCCAUUCAUGUGAGGCAGUGAAUAAACUGUGCAUUGGAGCUGUAUAUGCUUGUAUGUGUGUUUUUGUGCGUCUUUGUCGUAGCACACUCCUUUAUCUCAAGACUGCUCUUGGGCAGAGUCAGGGCCAGUAACGAGGAGUGAUGGGAGAAGACGAGAGGGAGUGAGCGAGCGAUGAUGCAGCCGGUCUAAAAUUAGCGCCGCCUCCAUACCCCUUCUGCCCCCAAAGCUUCCAAACGCUCUUCCCUGCUGCAAUUUCUCCAUCUCUUCAUCAUCUCUCUCCUUAAUGAAAAAAGGGCUGCAAGUAGAUGGAGGGGCGAUAGAGGUGUUACUACCCUCUUCCACACAUCCUCCAUUUAAUGAAGAGGGGAGUGCAUGAGAGGGGACAGGGGGAGGGCGAGGGAGGUAGAAAGGUUGACCAUGCUUGCUAACGUUGUUCCAGUUUGACACCAAGAUGCAGACUACAAAUGCCAGCUCAUGUUUCCUCACUAAACGCUGUAGAAAGCUAUUAGCACUGCUCUUAGUUUGUCAUUAAUGUGGGAAUUAUUGAUGUUAUUUACUGCGUGGUGGCACAAAAUGACCCUGAAUUAUACUCAAACUUAGGGACCCACUUGUGUUAAGGCUGAUUAAUACAAGAAAUCAAAUCUAUACUUAAUCAGAUACCAAAUUUGUUCAAAGGUUAAACAUGAAACUACUGCUUUCUUUUCUGUAUCAAAUCCCCUUCCUACUUUUAUCACACGGUCCAUCCUGACAGCAGCGCUGACAUGCUGUUUGUUUUUCUGUUGCCUCAGAUGUUGAGUCUUUACCAUCGACAGCAAAAACAUGUUUUCCUGGUCAUUCACAGUGUAAAGACAGACUCUAAAGGGCUGCAGAGAAAAACUGAGCUGUAAUCCCAGUCAUGACUGACAUCCUUGUUUCCAUUCGGCCUGGUUGUCUAUGGCCUUCAUGGUCAGGCAGCUGUCAGUGGAAGAACAGUCUAUUGUGCGUUCUCCCUUUUGUAUCGCUGACAUUAAUUACAUAAACAGACACAACAGCUGGGUAAACUACUGGAGCAGCUCAACAGCUCAAAGUCCAUUUGUACUCUUUCUCUGAGACCCAUUUUUUACAACUUCUCUUUUUGGAUUAUUUGAGGACAUUUCAGCUCUGACAUUUUCCAGAAUUUUCUCUCACACAUUGAACUAAAAGUUGUAAAUUAUUGCUGUCAUUUGCAGUCUAACAACCCAAAAUACUCCAUCUGGUUUAAAGAAUCUGAGUGGAUACUGAAGUGCAUGUAAAACACCUUAGUCCUACUAUAAUCAGAGUUCUCUGAUUGGAGUCGGAGAACUCUGAUUAAGACACCCAGAUAAUGCGGUUGGAAUUCGAUUUUCUCUACCUUGUAACCAGCAUAAUCGGAGUAUGAUCAGACAAUGUAACCGCGGAACAAAAACACCAGCGAAGUGGCACUAUCAUUGAAAGAACUUUCAACUCAGAAGCAACUGCAACAUGGCUCAAGCCCGAAAAAAUGUCCACUUUUGGAAUGAUGAGGAGAGUGCUGUAAUGCUGCCCGUCCAUUUUAAAGUAUAUUGACGGUCGCAAAACGAGGAACGGAGACAUCUUUAAAAAAAGUCCGGAAACAGCGCCGCUGAAAAGACCCAUAUUGCCCCUAGUUUUGGGCAGGAAAACACAUUCAAUAAUUCGAUUUUCUCAGCUGCAUGUAUACGCCGACAAGGAGAGAAGUCUAAUUAAGCUGUUUAUGUAAACGAGUUAUACUGGCAUCUGAGGAAGCAGGAUGUCAAGUGAAGUCAGUUGUGCACUUUUUGCGGGUUUGUUUAAUGUCGUUACCUUUGCAAGUUGGCACCAGAAUUAUCAGCAGGUUAAUUUAAAAAUUGAUGUUUUGAAUACUUAAAGGCCUGAAAUGCUUGGCUUGUGUUGUGACAAAGCUGUAGUGCAGAAAACCUGCCACUAGCCGGGGCUGCAGCCCCAAAAGUUGCUAUAAUGCUCUACUGUCUAAAUUUAAACAAGUACAGAUGGCUGAUGGCAUCUCAAAGCCUCAUUUGGCAGACAUGGACAUUAAAACAAUGGUGGUGCUAGCUCUGCUUGCAUUGGUUACACUUAGCAAAACCAUUCAAAAUCAUCCCUACUCAGAUACAAUAAUUCCACAUUUAGCUUUGUUCUGCUCAAUUUUGGCUUCAGUUCGGAAACCUUUCUAAUCUCUUGAACAGUUGAAUAGUUUACAUUUUAAUUUGUAUUUGAAUUACCAGGAAAUCAGUUGCUUUGGACUCUCUUCCCUCACUAUAUUGGAAACCUUUACUGCAACCCUCUUCUGACUAUUUUGGAAAUCAUCUUUAAGAGGUGGAGGCUGCCUCACUGACUGAAAUGCACCAACCUGGCAAUCAGAUUUGCCAUGCCCCCUAUUGCAGUGCCAUACCAUAGAUAAUUUUAGCCUCAGUGAUAUUUAUUUGGGUGAGUUAUAAAAAUAAUUUUUUUUUUUAUGAAUGAUGAGGAAGAGAUGAGGUGCUGAGACUGAAAGUGUUUUAUUGUGUCAUAAUGGAUGCUUAAAUGAUUCCUGAUGGGCCUCCAGUGGACAGACAAGGAACUGCACUGAUUUGGCACCGGUAUCAGAGGUUGCCGCUUCUAUAGGGCAAUAAUAUUACGCUUAACAGUACUACUGAACAACGCCAUCUCUCUCCCACUUGCAGUGAAUGUUCUUCACUAAUACCUGUGACUCUCACACAUUGGCUCAGCCUCAGCCUGGCCUGGCAAAAAGUCAGGAUACAAAAUUCAAGAUGUCUUUGUUGGGGUUUCUGGACUACAGGAAAAUGUUGGUAAGAUUUCAGGGUUGCAUUGCGUGGGUAAAGUGGGACUACAAACAUUCAAGAUCCAUCACUCACACAGUAAAAUCCACAUUCAGACUGCAGACAAACAUAAACACACUCAGACGCGUGGUCUCAUCCAGACUCAAUGGGAUCCCUAGAGGUUUGCUAGGAGGGUUUGUCAGUUGGAUGGAGUUGUCUGAUCGGCUGCUAUCAAGUGAAGUACAAAGCGAACUGCUUCACUGACUGCACUGCAGGGUGGAACACCAACUAUGUGGCUGCCUGUGUGUGUGUGUGUGUGUGUGUGUGUGUGUGUGUGUGUGUGUGUGUGUGUGUGUGUGUGUGUGUGUGUGCGCGUGCGUGCGUGCGUGCGUGGUCUUAUGUUUGCAGUGUUUCUGUGAUGCUGUAAUGAUUGGAGGACAGCAGAGGAAAGGAGGAGAGAGAGGGGUUCAGAUGGUAUCUUAGUAACCUGCUCAUGUUAUCGGCUCCAUUUCGUGCUUUCACUCAUUGAGGUAAAAGGCGGACAAGGAGGAGAAGAGAAAAUGAGAGAAAGAACAGAGGGAUUGAGGAUGAGAAAGAAGCAUGCGGAGGAGUAAAAAGAGUGAGGGGUCAGACGCUAUCAUAGGAAACUCCCUCUACCCUCAUAUUGACUUCAUUUUGUCAUCACUUUGAGGAUAUUACAUGAGGCCUAAUUUGCUCAUUUGCAACUUUCACCAUCAGUCUGGGGCAACCUAUAGAGUAGCUUUGCAUGACUUGCUGAUUAAAAAACUCCUUAUUUAUCUUACAAUAUAUUAAUAUGUCUGUGAAAUCCUUAUUUCUCCGCCUGAAACAUUUUGGAUGCUUUUUCAAUGAUGUUAAGUUAGACGCAGCUUUGUGGGUGUUACCUUUUACACAGUUUUGUUGUCCCGUCAACAUCAAAGGUUAUGCCUUGACAGAAAAUUGUUAAGUCUAGCCGCUAGUAUUCCCUCAGCUCCCAGUUUAUCCAAAUUAGAGUACAUUUGUCAGUGCUAUAUUACCUGUCAUUAUAAUGUUUCUUCAGGUUCUUUCUUCUGGUUCUGAGCAUAGGUGGGGUUUCUGAGUUUAACAGCUCCAGGUUCUGGUGAAAGUCUAGAUGUGGCUCUGCUCAUUCUGGCCCUUGUUUACAAAAGAGUCAUGAGCGAAAUUAGGAGUGCAGCUGCUGUGGCUCAUGGGCAGAAAACAUAUUAACCACCAACUAUUGUUACUAAAAUAUGUCAAGAAAUGUUGCUGCCCCCUAUGUGUUAUAGAUUGUGGAACUUUGCUGCAGUUUCAUAUGGACAUCAAACUUUGUGAAACUGUACAGAUCAGCAUUAUAGGUCUCCCUUUAGGCUUGAUGGUUUCUAUAAUAAGGCUCAAUAGGAAGUUUUCAGUCAUGUGAUCCUGACUUCGCGCGAGGACCAAAUGGAGUAGCCUGGCUGUGCUAUCCUAUUGCGUGAAUCACUUGACGUUCCUUCCCACAACAGUCUGGACUUCGGCCCAUUGGAAGCCCUGAAAGUGGGCGGGAGUACUUUUCUUGAUAGACAGACUACUGUAACCAAUCACCGUAACCAAGCAUCUGACAUCAUCACAGAUGCUUGGUUACGGUGAUUGGUUACAGUAGUACAUGGACCAAUCAGGGGCUGCCUUUCCCUGUUGUCCGGGUAACAGUGAGAACACGGUCUCUGAUUGGCCCGGUUAUUUUCUGAUCGGGAAUACACGCUCCCAAUGGGCCGAAGUCCAGACUGUGGUGGGAAGGAACGUCAAGUGAUUCACGCAACAGGAUGGCACAGCCAGGCUACAAAUGGAGGGCAGGAAGCGACCGACUGCAAUUUAGAUGCGUGCCGGUACUUAGAUGAAGUUUACCACCUGCUUUGGGCUGCAUUCAAACAACCCGACUCCGAGAAGACUGGACCCCGGCGCAACGGGGGCCGCUACCGGCCCCACACCGUCCACGGGAUUCGGCGCUGGGCUCUUCCCUCUUCGUUUGCCGCUACUGAGGGAAUCCUGGUUAGUUUCUUUUCCUCCGCUUAGUAAUAUGCUUAAAUUCAGCGGGUCGUCUCAUUUGAUCUGAGUUCGUAGUCGGAGGAUGGGGGUCGGGGAGCGGGGAUAGUGGGCCGAAAGGACCCCCUUUUUCCCCAUCCCCAUGCAAAUCUUUGAGAAAGAGCAUAUCAGGAGAGCUACAGUAAAAUAAUUUCUCUUGAGUAGUGAAUAAUGGUGCUCUGUUGCCCUGAGUCUCAACUUCUUGAUGCACUUUGGAGCAGAAGCAAAUCGGGUAAGCUACAAGGAUGAGCUGGCACUUCAUCUACCAUAUUACUGUAUCAAGGAAACUGACCAAGAGUGAAUCAUAAAAUCUGGAUUCUCGCGAGCAAGUAUUGGAGGCUCUUUCUCAAAGAUUUGCAUGUACUGAAAGCCAGAAGACCUAGACGACUGGGGAACCAUCGUUCCUUACUCUGACGCUAUCAAACUCUUUGUAGUUCAUACAUUCUUUCCUAUUUGGAAACAAACUAACAAUAUUGAAAAGCUGCACAAAGCUUGAUCACCAUGCUAAAAGUACUUUUGAAGUAUAAAGGAAACGUUGAAAGGGCUCAGGGAAACCAGCAACAAAAUUUCAGGGUGCAUAGGUAGAAGUUAUUUGUCAACCCUAGGAUCCAGGACAUGCAGGUAUGUCCAAAUGAUUCUCCCAUGAAGCUAAGAUCAUUCAUAUUCUGGAUAUAGAUGCAAAUAGAAAUGAAAUGCGAUGGAAAACUUAGCAAAAAUAAGCUAUUCUAGCCAUUUUUCAUAUAAAUAUGGGAUAACAUACAAAUGAAAACACUCAAAAAAAGCAUUUUGCACUAUGAGGAAGUAAUAUUUUACGCAAGCAGGCAGGUGGGGCUGACUUCAGAUGAGGUCAGGACUGUAUAAUGUGCCCAAUAUGGCGAUUUUCGACCUAAUGUACCACACAUUUUGACUGAUUACUCAAAAAGUUAUGGAAUGCCCAUCCUGAAACUUGCAGGGAUGCUAGUGGACAUAAUAGUCUUUCUUUACAGUGAAUAUGAAAAGGGUAAUGAAAUCCUUUUGGUAAUUUAGUCUUCAUUGACUUUAAGCUCUUCUCCAGUUGGAUAAUUACAGAGUUUAUUUGCCUCUGCAGCCUCUGUGCAAACAAAGUGGGUUAAAGAGAAUAAUAAAAAGGACGCAAAUGCUCUUAAUUUUACAUGCAUCUGUCAUUUAGAUAAAAAUGAGGAAAUACAUGACUCUUACCUGAUUCUUUUUUAAAACUGAUACUACUUCUUUGCAUCCUCAUCCCUAUAACAACAUACUAAGCAUCAACACUGAGCACUGUGAAUGUGUUGUUUCUAUUACUGUGUGUUUAGAAGCUGUCGUUUUGAAUUACAAACAGCACAGGAAGCCAAUUUUUACGAAGUUAAACUUAAUAUUUUGUGAGAAAACCCAGAUGCAUGUGGAGCAAAACUGCUUUAAAAAAAGACACAAUGGAAUAUUCAUAAUACUCCCCCCUGCAGGGUUACCAUGACAUUAUGGGGCUCGGAGUGUCACACCUGAGUGUUUUCCCUCUUCAAAUAUUAUCCAGUCGGUCUAAAAUUACCGCGGCAGGUCAUGUUCAGUCGUGCUGUCAAGGGCUUUUACGAACUGAAGAGCAAAGCAUACUGAUCAAGAGCAGGUUGAGUAAGUGGUUCACAUAUACAACACUUAACAGGUUGUUUAGGCCUCACACAAAGUCCAAGUCAAACACUCACACAGAGAGGUCUUUGGACAGCAUAGAAGUUAAAACAACACAAAUGUUUACUUAGUUAAUGCUCAUGUGAGGAGUUUUUCUACCUUUAUGAAAUAGACUUAAAUUCAUGUUGAUGCUCGUAUAUGACAUCCAAAAUCAAACAAGACCAUCAGCCACAACACUAAUAAUAGUGAUGUCAUCAUUUUUAAUUCUUGCAACUGCUGUGAGGGGGUAGGUGUCAGCCAAGUAGCUGAAGAAACAGCCCUUAAUUUUUCACAUGAAAUAUACACGAUAAAGGACACAUUUGAAUGUCAAAAAGUCAGCAGGAUGAGAUUUUAUUUGGCAAAAGUAUCUAUUUAAGCAUAUUGAGGAUAAGAUGAAAAAAGGCUGCUUUGUCAACAGGGGGUGCCAGAAUGGACAUAAACCAAAAGUUUCCUACAGGAGUUUUAAAACUCCACCAAAGUGAAACAUAAAAUAUGAUUUAAGAAAUGACAUUGCUUGCUAUUCUGAAUAUUUUUAUUUGAUUGGUCAUCUGUACAGUUAAAAUAAAAAAGUUGGUUUGUCUCAUGACUAAAAUCAAUCUCAAAUUCUUUCCAAAGUUUCCACCCUAAAUAAUUUAUUUCAAUUAUUUUCCUGCAAAAAUGUAGAACUUCUGCUGUUAUCUGGUCUCAAUUUUUAGGAGCCUUGUUUCCUCAAAAUUUCUGUUUUAUGUGAAAAUAAUUGAGAAAUUAAGAAAAUAUUCUCCUAUGUGAUCACAAUGUUAAGUUUGCAAGCUCUUGUCUAACUACAUCAAAAUUAUUCCUAAAGAUGCAUAAUAUAUUGUCAGAUCAUAGCAUAUCAUACCAGCUUUACAAAAUCUUCAUUUUCAUGCAACUCUUAGGAUGAUUAGGUGAUAGGCUCCAGAGCUAGAAUAUGGAGUAACUGCAGAGGUGCUGGCUGGCUGCAAAAGCCUGGCAAGUUUACAGCUUUGGUCUAAAUAGCUGAUUAAGAUAUUUUUACAUGCUACAUUUCAUUAAUGCAUUAUGAGAACACUAAGACUGAUAGUUGUGCACAGAUUUGCAGAAUUAAGGUCAUGGCUUUGCAGUGUAACAACUUGCUAGGACAUUUAAAUCCCACUUCAACUUCACCUCUCGGUCUGUUUUCACAUUGAUAAAAAGUUAGGUUGGGUGACACACGCCUCUGUUCUUUUGCAUCACAAUGCUCUGUAGAAACUGAAAGGUGACUUCACUGGGGGUUGCAUGCAUGUUUUAUACAGCCAUUCAGUUCAAUCUGGUUCAAAUUGCAAAGAAGUACUCAGAGGUCAACAGCCAGUUGAUUUGGGGAGUAGUUGUGAUAGAAGUGCAGAUUUACUGAAGUGGUGAUGCUGGGAAAUAAGACAGUAAUGUAUUCUGACAAGUGAAUAGUGAAAGCAUGUUGUUUUGAGGGACAAUGUCCUGAGAAGCCUGGUCAUGUGGUCCACCAUAUCCUGCUGCUGUGUUCCCUGUGGUAUUAAACUAUAAUAGACAAAAUAUUUGUCUUGUUUACACUGUUCAUUCUGAGAUAACCAUGACCUUUCCUCUCUCUCUCUCUCUCUCUCUCUCUCUCUCCCUUCCUCUGCAGCUCUUCUCCAUUGUGAUCUUCGGCUGCAUCGCCAAUGAGGGCUACAUCAACCGCCCCAAUGAAGUGGAAGAAUACUGCAUCUUCAACCGCAACCAGAACGCCUGUAACUAUGGCGUCUUCAUGGGCUCCAUGGCCUUCCUCUGCUGCAUGGCUUUCCUGGCUCUAGACGUCUACUUCCCCCAGAUCAGCAGUGUCAAAGACCGCAAGAAGGCAGUGCUGGCUGAUGUCGGGGUAUCAGGUAAACUUAUGCAGGCUUUAUUUAUUCACAUAUUUUAUUUGUACAAAAUCACACUUGACUUUGUUUAAACAGUUCCAUAUUAAUAUUAAUAUUUACAUUAAUAUCAAUAUUAAUAAUUAUAAUUAUAAUAAUAAUUAUAAUACAUUUUAUUUAUAUAGUGCUUUUCAUUACACUCAGAGUGCCAGUACUAUAUAGAGUAAAAACAAAUUACAAAGACAGAAAACACAUAUUACAGUCGCUUUGGUGCAUUUCUCACAUCACUAUUAACAUUUGCAGAACAGUUAGUUCAUUUCUCAGAACAAUUCGUACAAACUGCAAAACCUAGUGGAUAACCUGCAAAAGCAUGUCACCUGCUCAAAAUGAGUAGUUGAUUCCUCAAACUAGUAUUUGUGGCAAUGAAAUUGUCUGUGUCAUCAAAAUAAUAAGUCAUGACACCAUUUUUUAUGAACAAGACAGUCAAAUUAUGGCUUUGUCAUGUUUUCAGUAUGACAGUUCACUCUCUCUGUGUAUUCCAAUGCAAAAAAGUCAGAUCUUGGUGACACGAUCUGAAAAUGCUCAAGACAGCACCAUACACUACCUGUAUAGCCAUUUGAAAACUACAGUAAAGUUACACAUUACUGUAUUUAGUGAGGUAACUGAGUACAAGACACAUGUGUUUCAUAUAUUUACUGCAUAUGCUCUUUGCAAUUCUACAGCAUUGUGCAAAAAAAAAUAAAUCACAGUCACUUAUUUACAACAAACAUAAGGAAUCCCAUUUUGGUAGAAGUGUGCACAAAUAUAAACAAUACAACAGUAAAUAUUACUGUAAACUGAACAUAAAUUAUUCCUUGACAUUCUCAGUUGUUCUCCCCACAUUUGGUUGCACCUGUCGACCAGCCUCAGCCAUAGUGAGCCCAUGAUUGACAGCAUGGCCCACAAGUGUAACCCUAAUUUCAUCAGGGACUUGCCUAUGUACUUCACCUCUUCUUUCUCUGCCCCGCUUUGUCCCCUUCCCCUUCCUCCCCACAUUCUCACCCCUCCUCCUCGACGCUGACCUUCCCUUUUUGUGUCACAGAAUUGUAGAAAUGGCACACACACUAUGUCCUGCUUGGUUAAUAUAUGCUUGCCAAGUGAGGGUUCAUGGGAUUCAGCUCUGAGUGACUGUGGACAAGUGGCUUGUCAUAGGUUACACCUAACGCUUCGCACACCUCCUCGUGAGUAAAAGCUGAGGUCCACCUGAUAGCAAUUAUUCAAUUUUGGAGAAAUUUUCAGGAAAAAAAAUAUUCAAGGAAUGUAUGAAAUCAGCUUGACAGAUUUUGGCAACUAGUUCAACAAUUUUAUAUGUAAUGACUCAAGCAAUGAAAUGAGGACUAUGGGCUCUGUUUUCGUGCCUUGCCGGCGACGCGGCGCAUGCGCGGUGUAAGUCAGGCCCGCCGCGCCGGCAAGGCGUUCCCAAGCACAAUUUGGUAUUUUGGUGAGUGGCGCAGGCCGGUGUAAGUAUCCCCCCUCCCUAACUCAGCUCCUCCCAGCGGCGUAAGUCGUAGCGAGGGAGGAGAGAGGGGUGCCGCUGCACAGCUGCGCAUUUCGGAUGAGAGGCCGGACUCGCUUGGAGACGCAGCGCGUCUUCAAAGAAAAUAAAUGAAAUCCAAAAACAGCAGACAGUCAGUUUAGGCUGUAUGAGAGCAUGAUCUCUGAACUCACUAAAAAUCUGUAAACCAAACAUUAUAGUAUUUAGAGACGAACUGAUCCGCUCUGCUACAGCAAUCAAAAACAUUAGAAAUAAGAAAGCUGACAAAACUACAGCAGAGGAUCAUUGACACAUUGAGUUUUUUUCUUUUAAGAUUUAGAAAUUAAAGUUGUAAAUUUAGGAGAAUAAAGUCAUAAAGUAAAUAAAGUCAUAAAGCUGCUUUUGUGGAGGGGGAAAUGACUGAAGCUGGUCAUCUGCAGGGUUAUCGGUGGAUGUAUCAGCGGGUCAUUCAGAGAGUUUUUGUGGUUUCUGAAGAAACAAUCCAACUUAUGAUCAACAUUUGUGAUCCAGAGGGAGUUGAGCUUAGACGAGCACCACGUCUCUGACACCAGCGGUAACCUACACCUGCAGAGACACUAAUGCCUUAUUAUGGCAUAUGGAUUCAUAUCAUAAAUUAAAGCCGAUUGUCAUCCACGGAUAUUUACGGCUGCAUAAACGGAUAUAUCCUCAGCAUAUUCAUUUCUGCGCACACAAAAGCAGCGAUUUCCUUUAAGUACACCUGUUUUUUUUUUUCCUCGUGGAAAAGACAUAUUUCUCAUAUAUUCUUUUUUAAGUCCUUAUACUUGUGACAAUGUUAUGCUGAUGUGCCAGAGGAUGAAGUAUCUCCUUGUUUGUGAAACCUAUACUGAAGCACAGUUACUUUAAAUGCUUCAUGGCCCUAAUUUUAAAAAGUCUCCUCUGAAAUAACAGGUAACCUUACGACUUUAUUCUCAUAAAUUAAUGACUUUAUUCUCGUAAAUUCACGACUUAAAUCUCAAAGUCUUUAAAAAAAAAUCUCAAUAUGGCCCUCAUAGUCCUUCAUACAAAACAAUCUUUGGAUGAAUUUUGUGGGAAUGAGCUGUGCUUGUAUAAAGUAUUAAGACUUAAAAAAGAAUAUAUGAGAAAUACGUCUUAACCAAAGGGAAAAAAACAGGUGUACUUCAAGGAAGUCGCUGCUUUUGUGGAGGCAGAAAUGAAUAUGCUGAGGAUAUAUCCGUUUAUGCAGCCAUAAAUAUCUGUGGAUGACAUUGAGCUUUAGUUUAUGAUAUGAAUCCAUAUACCAUAAUAAGGUGUUGUUGUCUCCGCAGGUGUAGGUUACCGUCGGUGUCAGAGACGUGGUGCAAUUCUGGGUGUGAUAAAAGUGUGGAUCAGAGUUUCAGUGGCGGAGAAGGAGGGUGAAGAGCAGAGAGGUUGGUGUCAAAGAUUACUCCAGGGUUACGGAUGCUGGAUGAUGGAGUGAAGGUGGAAUAAUCAAAAUUGAGGCAGAGGCUCUGAAAUUAUUUAGUGAGUGAUUUGGGGCCACUGGUUAUAAUGUUGGAUUUACUAGAGUUCAGUUGAGGAACGUUGGUUUGCAUCCAUGAUUUUAUUUCAGUGAGGCAGGUGGAGAUUGUAGACCAGGUGGUUGGAAUUGUAGAUCUGGAUGUUGUCAGCAUGGCAGUUAAAGUUGAGUCUAUGUUUCUGAAUAAUAUUGCCAAGGGGGAGCAUGCAGAGAAUGAAAAGGAGGGGGCCAAGCACCGAACCCUGGGAGACACCCUGAGACAGGGGAGCAGUGGAGGAGGAGCAGUUGGAUUAACUGAUGUCUAUUGGAGAGGUAUGAUUUGAACCAGGACAGAGCAAUGCCAGUGAUGUUGAGAGAAGAUUUAAGAUGGGAAAGUAGGAUGGAGGGGUUCAUGGUGUCAAAAGAGGCAGUUAGGCAGAGUAUCAUAAGCAUGUUGAGAUGGCCAUUAGUUAUUUUUACAGGGCGAUUUUGGUGCUGUGUAGGGGGUGGAAAUAUCUAGCUGUAAACCAGUGGCGAUUGCUCUAAGACUGCAAGGGAAGCUCAGCUUCCCUUAAAAUGUCACCUCCCCAAAAAAAAGAAAAAGUGGUGAAAUACGUACUGCUGUGUGUACAUUUCAUUACCUAAAUACGCGCUAGAAAGCCUUCAUCUUUUGUUCAGAAUCAGCUUCUUAUCACACUGUGAUAAGAAGCUGAUAAUCACAGGUCUAAACUUCGUUCGCAUUCAUCCUCGCAGCGCCUCAGCGCUUCACACAGCCGGACGCUCAGCGUCUGCUGACUUCAAUGUGGAAGCUCAAAAUGGGUUGUUCCAGCAGCGAAACUAGACUCUCAUUGGAUAAAUGCUGGGAUUUGUCCCGCCCAUCGGACACUCAGCGUCUCUGGAGUUCUAUGACAAGAGGGCGGUCCCAACUUUCUCGCGGACGCUGAGCUUCUGCAUCCAUGAUUGGAUGAGCUGUCUGAGGCGAAAUCCUUUUUUGAUUGACAGCUAAACAAGCGAAUCAGCGAUCUUGAAGAAUAAAACAUCUACCAGAGCAUUUUCCAAGUUAUUCAUUCCGUUGUUCUUAACUGCUCCUGAGACUUUACCGAUCCUCAGCGACUUUUGUCUUUGUUAAAAACGACUGCCGUUGUGUUUGGCGACCCUGUUCUGUUACAUACAAAUAAACAAACACAAUUAUGAUGUAGGCCAGAAAAAUGAGCUUCCCCUCCUUGAAAGACCAGCAGCUGCCACUGCUGUAAACCUUUUUUGGUGAAACUCCUGUGUUUUACCCAUUAUUCAUGAACUCAUUUGCAAUAAAGGUUAAUUAAAGUUUCCCCCAUGCUUAAUUUCUCUGAAAAGAGACCCCUGACACAUGAGGACACAGCUCAUGAACAAAUGAAACCUAGGAAAAUAUUUUCCAGGUAUAUAAAGAGCGUGUUCCAACUGUAGGGGGGAUCACACUCUUCAGCCUACACGGGAAAGCUUACACCGAGGUGCUGGAAAAGAGGGUCUGAUCGAUAGUUAACCCUCAGAUGGAGAAGAAACAAUACGGCUUUCGUCACGGCCACGGAACUACGGAUCAACUCUUCACCCUCGCUCGGGUUCUUGAGGGGAGAUGGGAGUUUGCCCAACCAGUCCAUAUGUGUUUUGAGGACUUGGAGAAGGCCUAUGACCAUGUCCCUAGGGGAAUCCUGUGGGGGGUGCUCGGGGAUUAUGGGGUGGAUGGUUCCUUAUCAAGUGCCGUCCAAUCCCUUUACCAAAGGAGCACGAGCUUGGUCCGUGUAGCGGGAUUAAAGACAGUCGUUUCCAGUGAGAGUUGGACUCCGCCAGGGCUGCCCAUUGUCACCGGUUCUGUUCAUAACCUUUAUGGACAGAAUUUCUAGGCGCAGCCGGGGGGUGGAGGGUGUCCAGUUCGGCAGGCAGAGGACUGCGUCGCUGCUUUUUGCAGAUGAUGUGGUUCUUCUAGCUUUGUCGAGCAGUGACCUUCAGCUCUUGCUGAGGCAGUUCGCGGCUGAGUGUGAAGCGGCUCGGAUGCGCAUCAGCACCUCCAAGUCCAGGGCCAUAGUCCUUAGUCGGAAAAAGGUAGAUUGCCUUCUCCAGGUUGGAGGGGAGGUCCUGCCUCAAGUGAAGGAGUUCAAGUAUCUCAGGAUCUUGUUCACGAGUGAGAGUAGGAUGGAGCGAGAGAUUGACAGGUUGAUCGGAGCGGCGUCAGCAGUAGUUGCUUAACUGAUCUGUCAUUGUGAAGAAGGAGCUAAGCUGUAAGGCAGGACUCUUGAUUUACCAGUCGGUCUACGUACCUAUCCUCAUCUAUGGCCAUGAACUGUGGGUAAUGACCAAAAGAACAAGAUCGUGGAUACAAGCGGCCGAAAUGGGUUUCCUUCGCAGGGUGGCUGGGCUCAGCCUUAGAGAUAGGUAAGUAGCUCAGACACUCGGGAGGCGCUCAGAGUAAAACCGCUGCUCCUCCAUGUUAAGAGGAGUCAGCUGAGGUGGCUCGGGCAUCUGGUUAGGAUGCCUUCUGGAUGCCUCCUGUUAGAGGUGUUCCAGACAUGUCCCACUGGGGAGGAGACCUCGUGGCCCGCCCAGGACCAGGUGGAGGGAUUAUAUCUCUCACCUGGCCUGGGAGCGCCUUGGAAUCCCCCCGAAUGAGCUGGUGGAAGUGGCUGGGGUGAGGGCUGUCGGGGCUUCCCUCCUGAAGCUGCUGCCCCCGUGACCGCGAAAGUGACGAGGAUAUAAGAUGAUCAAAACAGAAAGAAACAGAAUGAAACAAACUCGGAGACACGCAUUUUAUUGAUGUAGUCAUUUAGCUUGUUCCACUAAACACAGCUUUGCUAUAGUGUGCAAAGAGGAAUAAUUGCCUUAAGUUUUGCAUAACAACCAAAUCGGAUCAGCCAUUAAAAGGUUCAAGGCAUCCCUAGUUUUCCUGUUUGGGUAUUUUAAAAGGACUAGAGCUUGAAUCAAACAAUGUAAAACAAAACUAACUGAAACUACUGUAACCUAAACCAAACACAACCUUCUUAGGCUUAAAUUCUGAUGUGUAAGCAGUUUGUUUGAAACAUCUAAAACGCAAAUAAUCUCAACCCUAAUCAGAGCAGGUCUUGGAAAGUUAAGGAGAUGUAGCGAUUUGAAUUUAUAAUAAAUGCCUGAAGAUUAAUAUUUGAUAAUUAAUUUAUGACAUUAAUGCACUUGUUGAAAGGGGCACCACUCACCUUUAAUGGUGGAAAAUUAAAGAAAAACAAAAGUUUAAUUCAGAACUCAAACAUUAAGUUAAUCUUAAAUUAAUCAAUCUCAUAUCUCAAGCCGAAAUUCUCAUUUCAGGAACUCCACUUCUGGAAGAACACUAACAGACAAGAACUUAGAAAAAUAAAUGAUCUGUUUAUUACAGGAUAAAUGAUAGAACAACAUCUUUGCAAUAAAUGAGGAUAAGAUGAAUAUAGAUAAUAACAGAUGAAUGAAAGAUUCUGAGUCAGGCUAAGACUACUAAAGUUAAUGAAAGUGAGUUAAUAUGCGCUAACAUAUUAACCUACAUUAACUUUGGUGCAAAGAUAAAUUUGGAUGCGGUUAUCUGAAUCGAAUGCAUGAGACAGCAUCAGUCCUGUUUGGAGCUCUGGAGGUUUGCAUACUUAAGUGAGGCUGGUCCUUGGAGUAGAUGGAACAGGUUUGGAAGGUCCAGGCUUCCGGUUCGAGAGGUUCAGCUCUGAAGAGGACCAAAGUCAGACGAAGGACAGGCUGGGAGUCACAGCACACAGGCCUGAAUGCAAAAACCAAUGCCUUAUGGAUCCUUUUGAAUGCUCCUUUGGCUCACUGCAACACUCUGGCUAAGAGGAUGACUUUGGGCCUGCUGGGUGGCUUCAGAGGUGACUUGGCAAUCACGCAGAAAAUUCAAAAAUGGCUUUGCGAAAUUAAAGAAAAAUCAAUUAAAGGCUUAAUCUUGAAUUGCUAUGUAAACAAAAAGUUAAACUUUCACAGCUUGAACUCAGAUGAUGGUAAAGAAAAAUCAACGUGAAUGAACACGUGGCGGAAAACUUAAAAGACUUAAAAAAAAAAAUUAAGACAAAGAGAAAACAAGCUAAGAAAAAAAGGACAAAAGAGGGAAAAACAAGAGAGGAUGUAGGAGAGCAAGAGCACCCCAGCUUUACUGGUUUUAUACUCUUCAGACUGGGAGUGUCGACACUGUGUGCACAAUUAUUAGGCAAGUUGUAUUUUUGAGGAUAAAUUUUAUUUUUGAACAACUCCAGUGCUCUCGGUCAAUCCAAAAUGUUAAUAAACCUCAAACCUGAAUAUUUAAGGGAGUAAAAGUGAGAUUUUGGCUUCUUUAGGAGAAUAUCUAUGUGUGCACAAUUAUUGGGGGCAGCUAUUAGUGUGCAGAAUUAUUAUGCAACUAAAUUAAAAAUGACAAACUUUCCAUCUCACUUGUUUAUUUUCACUUGUUAAAGUGAGAAUGAUAAACAAACAACUCAAUUUACAAAUAAAAAUUGUUGAAAUUUAAAAAAAAAAAAAUCAGUGACCAAUGUAACUACCCUUCUUUUCAAUAACAGUCAUAAGCCUUCCAUUCAUGGAGUCUUUCAGUUUCUUGAUCUGUUGACGAUCGACUUUUUGUGUUGCAGUAACCAAAGCCUUCCAGACACUGUUCCAGACACUGUUCAGAGAGGUGUACUGUCUUCCUUCACUGUAAAUUUCCUGUUUAAGAGGGGCCCACAAGUUCUCAACAGGGUUUAGGUCAGGUGAAGAAGGAGGCCAUGUCAUUAUUCUUUCGUUUUUAAGGCCUUUACUGGCGAGCCACAUAGUGGAGUACUUUGUUGCAUGCAAUGGAGCAUUGUCCUGCAUAAAAAUCAUAGUUUUCUUGAAAGAUGCAGACUUUUGCCUCUACCACUGCUUGAAGAAAGUGUCUUCUAAAAACUGGCACUAGGUUUGGGAGUUGAUUUUAAGUCCAUCUUUAACCCAAAAGGUCCAGCUAGCUCAUCUUUAAUAAUACCAGCCCAUACCAGUACCCCGCCUCCACCUUGCUGGUGUCUGAUUUGAAGUGGAGCUCUGUGCCCAUUACUGAUCCAGCCACGGGUCCAUCCAUCUGGUCCGUCAAGAGUCACUCUCAUCCCAUCAGUCCAUAAAACCUUUGAAAAAUCUCUCUUCAGAUAUUUCUUGGCCCAGUCUUGACGUUUCAACUUGUGUCUUGUUCAGUGGUGGUCAGAUUUCAGCCUUCCUUACCUUGGCCAUGUCUCUGAGCACUGAACACCUUGUACUUCUGGGCACUCCAGGUAGGUUGCAGUUCUGGAAUAUGACAGCACCGGAGGAUAAGAGGUUCCUGGUACCUUUACGUUUGAGUCUUCUCAAAUCUUUGGCAGUUAAUUUGCGUCUUUUUUUCUUAACACGUUUCUUGCGACCCUGUUGACUAUUUGCAUCAAAAUGUUUGCUGGUUCUGUGAUCACACCCAAAUAUCUAAGCAAUUUCAAGAGUGCUGCAUCCCUCUGAAAGACUUUUUAAAUUUUUUGACUUUUCAGAGUCACUUAAAUCUCUUUUUUGGCCCAUUUUACCUGAGGAAAAGAAGCUGCCUAAUAAUUAUGCACACCUUGAUAUAGGGUUUUGAUCUCCUUAGGCCCCAGCCUCCCUCAUUACACUAAUACACAUUACCUGAUAUGCUUAUAUCCAAUACACAUUCAAGUUUAUAAAGCUUAGAGUUGGAAAAUAUGCAUAAAAAUGAUGAUAUGAUCAAAAUACUCACUUGCCUAAUAAUUGUGCACACAGUGUAUAGGGUGUGAGGAGAGAAAGGAGGGGGUCCUGAUCUCCAGCUGCAGCUUUCUGAGAGGAGACUUUCAGGAGCCCUGAUUGUUUGAUCCAACUUAUACUUUUGGUUAGUAAAGGAGUCAGAUCAAAUAUUCACUCAGUAUGAUUAAUGUUAUUGAUUGCUUGGUUCAUAAUAAAGGAUUUGAUGCUGAACACAGAUAAAUAAUUGUAGAAUCAUAUUAACAAACAUUCUCAUUAUGCUUUGAGUAUCACUUUUCAAAGAACAUUGAUCAUGUUAAAUUACUCUGAAAUGAAACGGAUAGUAACACAAAUGAACUGUGAAUAACACAAGGGUAAACACAUGUAAAUGAACUUCAUAACAACUCAUAAUGGAUUCUACAAACCAACAUUCAGAUUAUUAACUAACAGUAUAACAACCUAAGGGUUAACAAUGCUAAACAAAUGAUUAAGAGAUAAACUAAACAUUUCUACACUACUCCUUCUAGAAUAGGGUUAUAAUUGAAACAUAAUAACUUAAGCUCUUCAAAAUUCAUGAAACAGUUUGAAAAGCUGUUGAUUUCAAGGAACUUUAGGACUGAAGGAUUUAACCUGUCAGUGUGAGAUAUUGGCUUGUGAACAUGACACACAAUGGGACAAAGACUGUUUUACUGCACAUGUUGAGUACUGACAGAAAAUCAUGGUAUAGUGUCCAUCCAACCUGUAAUUGGACUAGUUGUAGUUAUUCUCUUUGGAUUGUACUCAUGCAUGUAAAAAGAAAAAUGUUCUAUAUAGAAAAUUUUUAAAACUAAAAACUAAAGAAGCUGAAAAUAAAUAUAAGUAAUAUAAAAAUAAGUUAACGAGUAUUAUGAGACUAAAUAAAAAGGAGUACUAUCAUAAACUGUUGAAUCAAAACAAAAGUAACACCCUAGGUAUAUGGAAGGUAUUAAACAGCAUAAUAAAAAAGGGUGAUGCUAGAGUAGAGAUACCAAAUUACUUUGUCAAGGAAAAUAAUAUGAUAAUAAAUAAAAAUAUAGAUAUAGCUAAUGAAUUUAAUGACUAUUUUGUAAAUGUAGGAAAUAAUCUAGCAAAUGAAAUAAUGGAGCAGAAAAAUGGGACAGAAACUCGUGAAAUAGGAGAAACCAUGCAAAAUAAUACCCAUUCGAUAUUCCUUAGGAAUGUUAAGGAAAAAGAAAUUAUUGAUAUUGUGAAAAAAUGCAAGAACAAAAAGUCCAUUGACUGGCUGGGCAUAGAUAUGACACUAGUAAAAAAUAUUGUACACUGUAUUGUGAAACCACUGACUUAUAUUUUUAACCAAUCCCUUCAAACAGGUAUAUUCCCCAACAGCAUGAAAACUGCAAAAGUUAUCCCAAUAUAUAAAAAUGGGGAUAGACAUUUAUUUACAAAUUACAGACCCAUUUCCCUGCUCCCGCAGUUCUCAAAAAUUCUAGAAAAAGUAUUUGUCCAUCAACUCGAUAACUUCAUUGAAAAACACAACAUUUUGUGUGAUCAACAGUAUGGCUUCAGAACUAAUCGUUCCACCUCAAUGGCAGUGAUGAGUUUAAUGGAACAGAUUUCCACCGCCAUAAAUAACAAGGAAUUUACAGCCUGUGUGUUCAUUGACCUUAAGAAGGCUUUCGACACUAUUCAUCACGAACAAUUACUUAGGAAAGUGGAAUAUUAUGGUAUUAGAGGUGUAGCACAUUCCUGGUUAAAAAGCUAUCUUGAAGACAGGUAUCAGUAUGUACAAAUCAACAAUGAUAAAUCUAAUAUACAAAAAGUAAAGUGUGGAGUUCCCCAAGGAUCUGUUUUAGGUCCAAAACUCUUCAUUUUAUACAUAAACGAUAUCUGUAACGUGUCAAACCUUUUAAAAUAUGUGCUGUUUGUGGAUGAUACAAACUUAUUUUGCCAUGGGAAAAAAUUGGAGGAGCUUUUGAACACAAUGGAAGGAGAACUGAACAAACUUAAUACUUGGUUUGAUAUAAAUAAAUUAUCCUUGACUCUAAAUAAAACGAAACUUAUGAUAUUUAGAAACCAAAAAAAAGAUAAUGAAAUCACCUUAAAGAUAAAUAAUUUACCAAUUGAAAGAGUAUAAGAAUAUAAAUUCCUUGGAGUGCGUAUUGAUCAUAAACUAAGCUGGAAAUCUCACAUAAAACUUGUUAAAAGGAAAAUGUCUAAAACCAUAGCUAUAUUAUAUAGAUUGAAAGAAAUAUUGAAUCAAAACUCUAUAUUUAUUGUAUUGCUCCCUUAUAGUCCCAUACAUGACUUACUGUAUGGAGAUAUGGGGAAACACAUAUAGAUCCAACGUUAAUCCAAUCUUUACUUUACAUAAAAGAGUCAUACGAAUAAUCAGAAGAGCAGAGUAUCGGGAGCCUACCAACACCCUAUUUAUAAAUCUGAACACACUAAAAUUCUGGGAUACAGUCCAUCUUCAAACCUUACUGAUUUUGUUCAAAGAUCUCCUUCCUUCCUGUAUUCAGAGGUUGUUCCAAAACAAAGAGAACAAGUAUGAACUUAUGAAGUUCAGAUGAAAAUACCACUGAGCGGGGUCCAGCGGACACGAAAAUAGAGCCCUUGGUUUACACCAUCUUGUCUCCGGUGAGCAGAUGUAGGCCUUACAUUCUUUUGGGGGGUUGGGAUGUGAAGGUGGUCGGCUCCGUUACAGAUGAAAUUUUGUCAACUGUAAAUUUCCAAUAUUUAUUUUAAUUUUUUUUUUUUUGGGGGGGCUGUUUGUAAUCAUACAUGGCUUUAAAGAUUAUAGAGCACCCCUUUAUUUGACACAGCAAAAUAUGAAUGCUCUCUACAGUCUAUUAAAAUGAUAUUUGAAAGAUUGUCGGGAAGGUUAUCAUCAGAACAAAAGGACAGGGGGUGUGAGCGGGAUAAUAAGGAGUGGAGAGCUCUUCUAGUGCUAACAAGCCUUUGAGACUUUGGCUUUGGUCACUCUCCCUCUUCUCUAGUCGACACAGACACUCAAACAAGAUGACAAGAUAUUCAAGAGCUGAGACUAUUAAGAUCCAUUCCCAUCAUAGACACAGCUCUCUUUUCCUUGUGUCUUUAAUCACACAGGUUCUGGCUCUUUUUCUGUCUCUCUGUGAUACAGUUGUAAGGGGACAGCUAGCAUGUGUCCUGAUUUUACCUGGAUGCUUUUGAUGAAGCUCUAUCAUCUGUCUCCUUGAUUGCCACUCUUACCAACGUAAAAAGCUGGAAAGGAGUAAUGUUUUAAUCCUCUUUAAUAUCUCUCUUCCAUUCUUUGAAUCAAUCAAACAACUUUACUAAUCCCACAUGGGACAGGAGCUUUUAUGUAUCACUGGAAAGAGCCUGGCAGAAGAAUAAAUUCUUAUCACUGAAUAGAGAGAUGAAUAACAAACUUGGUAGCUCAAAUGAAAGGAUGAACAAUCAGCCAACUUGGUUCUGUGGUGUUCCACAGGGUUCAAUCCAAGGUCCGGUUUUGUUUUCAGCAAAGUUACAAAAUGGUGUAUUAUUCUCUAUCGCUGUGCUGACGAUAUUCAAUUGUACAUCCCAAAAUUCACCUCCAACCCCAGUAGCCAUGAUUUUAAGGUCUGUCUUAUUCUAGAUCACUGUUGAACCAAAGUUUUUAGUCCCCCCCCCCCCCCCGUUCAAAGCUGAAACCUGCUACAGAGUCCUCAAACUAUUCCAGGUUGUCCCAAAGGUUUAUGCCCAACACUUUAAGGACCUGAUCUACUAAAGGUUUGCGUACAAAAGCACAUGCAAAGUUGAUAGUACGCGCAAAGCUGUUCUACUUAACUGGUGCAUCUGUCAAAUUGGCAUAACAGCAGGCACAAUCAAUUUAGUGUGUUUGCUGUCAUAAAUAUGCAGAAUGUAUGCCGAUCAUCAGAACACGCAAAAUACUGUUAGGAGGAGAUGCAAAUGUACUAAUUGCGGUCGCUGUUUUUGCAUCUAUAGUCAUUGUGAUGAGAAGAGGGCAAAGGUGCAAUGACAGAUGACGGAGAGAGGGAGUGUCAACAUAUUUGGACUGUCAGAAAUAGAAAUACUAGAGACAUAUUGUCUAUCCAACAAUGCCCUUUUGAGGCUGCAUGAUGACCUAAGGGUUGCAAAUAAAACCAGUCCCCCAUUGGUUUUAUUUGCAGAGGUUUUAUUAGGGGUUUUUCCUUUGUUCUUCUGUGGAUAUCUUGCUGUCUUUUUUUGUCUAAUCCCAGAUCAUCUGGUUUUGCCCACAGUAGUCCCCUUUUUCAGAUUGCCUCACAAAUUGUGUUUCUUCUGACAACGCUAAGAUGUCUCAGCUGGAGUUUACCAAUGUGUUUAUUUGCCUCCUCCUUCUAGACCUCCAACUCCAGGGCUUUAAACUUCAUUUUUCGUUUAUGGCCACUCUGCUCUCCCAAACUCUCCAUGGUGACAGCACAUGCAAAAUCCUCAUUCUGAAGGGCAGGCCACACCACUUUUUCACCUGUUAUCAAUUGUGCACGCAAUCAUAGUAGAUCACCCGCAACAUGCCCACUAAUAGCACAUGCAGUUUUUUAGUUUGCACACACAGUUUAGCACUCCUUAUUUGGGAUCUUAGUAGAUCAGACCCAUAGUGUGUUUAGCAUGUUGGCACUUUGCUUUAAAGCUACUGUCAGAAGUCUGUUGCUGAUUAUUAUGAGAGUGGAAACUGAUAUUGAUGCUUCUUUACGACCAACAAAAUAUGUCAGACCAUCAGUGACAAGACUGAUUAUUUCUUAACAGUCAUUUGUGAUGUCUUAAACCGCUGUUCGACGCCUCAGUUAACUGCAUGCUGCUAAAACCCAGUAUUGCUUUAUCAGGUUCAUCUUGCUGGAGAAACCAUUGUCUUUAAUCCUGUGGUAACUUGAAGACAGUAUGUUGUAUCUCAGGUUGUGUUUUUUUUCUGUUUAUGUUAUUUUAAUACGUUGUUUCUACCUUUUUUUCUUUGCAGCGUUCUGGUCCUUCAUGUGGUUUGUGGGUUUCUGUUUUCUGGCGAACCAGUGGCAGGUAACCAAUCAUGAAGACAACCCCCUAAGGGAGGGGGGAGACGCUGCUCGGGCAGCCAUAACCUUCUCCUUCUUUUCUAUCUUCACCUGGGUAAGAGUCUCAGCCACACGAAGACUCCUAAUGCUUCACAUUUGAGUCCAUCCUUUUGUAUGUAUGCAUGUGGACUCAUACUUGUGUGGGUGUUGUUUCUGCAGGGUGCUCAGACUCUCCUCUCUAUGGAGAAGUUAAAGAAUUUGUCAUUUGAAGAGGAGUACACCAAGCUGUUCCCCCCUCAGCCAAAUUAACCUUUUGUCUGACUCAGCUCUCUCUUCUCUUUCUUGCUGCAUUAACACUCCACAGCUCGUCCACACAUGCACAGACUCCUGUGGCUGCACUUCUUUAAGGGCACCUGGGGUAACAUGAUAACCCUUAAAGCAUGUUGUAGAAAUUCAGUGGAGAGAAGAGCAGCUGUAAACACCAUCAGUGUUGUCAGUAAAAAGUUGCUUUAUGUUUUGUGGUUAAAUAACUCUUGACCCAUGAACAUUACGAUGAUAAUAUAUGUACAGGUGGGCUGAUUUAAGUGCUGAUCAAUAUGCAUGACUCAGAUUACUGCCCUUUAACACCAACUAAAGAUCCUGUUAUCUGUUUUGAAUUGAAAGCCCCCCACCCACUUUUACUGUUAAAUGUUAACCAAAAAUACACCAACACUAAUGAUGCAAAACUUUUUUUUUUUUAUGUAGUUCAUUCUGUUUUAGAGAAAUCAAGUAGAGGCUGUACCUUCACAAGCCCUUAAAUGAGUGCAGACCCACUGCGCAGAGUUAUCAGUGACAUGAAAGUUUACGUGGCAGUUGGUGCUUUGUCUUUUUUGCUGGUUAGAGUUCCUCAAGUGAUAUUUUUAUAUAUCUUGUUUAUAAAAUUUCUCAGAGUGUGUUGCACAAAAUUACGAAGUUUUUGUUUUAUAGAUUUGUGGUGAACAGACAUUCAGAGCCUUCUCUUUAUUUUUCCUGACUAAACUCUCUGACUUGGGAAAUGUACUUGUCACUUAAUGGUGUAACUUGAAUGUGUAGGUGUAAUGAUACUAAACAUGAGACAGCAGCAAAUGAGCUUCAUGGAAACAGCCAUCUUAGCUGUUGUUUGGAGGUAAGAAAAGUGCAUCUAUCUGUGCCUCAAAAUAGAAACAAAAUUUAGUCUGCAGCUUUCAAUUUUGCAACAAUAAUGGGGCGCUCACACCAAGUGCGACUAAAAUCUUCUACUCGCUUAAUUUGCGCGGAUAUAGACACAUUAAUGAAUAGUAUUUAUUCGCUUCAUUUGCACAUGAACGGUCAUUUCAAUGGUAAUUCCUGCCAAUUCAACCGGCGGGAUCAAGUGAUAGACAAAGGUUUAUAACAACUUACCAGGUAAUCCGACCUCCUCACUCACUUUCCUCCAGCUGAGCUCCUUUUUAUUUCAGUUUUUGUAAUUGAAAGAAAAGUUAUCAAAUAAUUCGGGAUACCCUCACACCGACAUGAUCAGUUUGUCCUCCAUUUUAGAAAUCAGUGAACAAAUGUCCGUUUUCAUACGUCACCUGGCAAUCUUUGUGCUGAUUAGUUAUCGCAACACGAAUAACUGCUCAAGUUGAGACAUUUUCAGCUCCCGCCCAAUUUGCGUCAUUCGCGCCGCCAGAGUAGUAAGAGUGUCUAAUUGCAUCUUUACAUUGACUUAACAUGUAAUUCAUUCGCGCGAAUGAUUUUACUUGCGCUCGGUGUGUGGAGACAGUAAGAGAUAAGGGAGAAAAAGGCUGAAUGAUGCAAAAGCAAUACAGUAAUACAUAAAGAUGUAGCAAACUAGACAAGUGCAAAUGUCCUUCUGUCCAAAAAUAAAAGCAUCUGUGAAAGGUCACACAUAAGCUAAGGCUGUUGCACAAUUAUUUGUAGAAUCUUAAUACUUAAUUGUGAUAAAUUGCAUUUUUUUAAAUCAUGUUUUUUAAAGUUCCAUUCCUUUGCAUUUAAAAACACAUUUAAAAAUCCAGAUUUGGAAAUCAAAUGAAAGAGGUGAAAUUAAGCUCAUCACCACAGCUGUACCACUUGGUAGUCAAAUUCAUGACUUUAGGGUAGUAAAUACAGUGUUUAAUUUUAUGUAUUUAUGUGAUUGAGGAUAACACUAAAUAAAAGAGACAUACAAGAAUACGUGCACAAAAUAACCAGUCAUUGUCGGUAUGGUGUGCUCCAAGUCUGAGAUAACCCUGACCAAACACUGACGUCCAGUGAUCUGCAGCUGAUGUGACAGCACGGCUGCUUUCUCUGAUUCUUUGAUCUACUAGUCUAAAGUGACUUGCAUGCAGCUUGCACACUUAGCUGCACUUGCAUGCUUAGCUAAAAGGUUGCAUCUCAGACGCAGGGGAUGUCAAUUUGGGGCCUAACAAAGCUCACGCUGACAGUCCUGGUACAACCACAUCACAUCUUUGUUGCCAGCAUGUCUUCCGAUUUGAAUGAGCAAAGUUAUAUGUCAUUAAAAAAACUAUUACAGUGUAACUAGGUGAAUUUGAAUAAUGUAUGACUGACCAGAUUAACUUACUUCCCUUCCAUAAGGCUUUAUGCUAAACUGAGCUAACAGACCCCAGGUUGAAGGCACAAGUAUUAACAUCUUCAUUUUGAAAAAGAAAGUUCCCAGAAGAUGAAAAGUAGAUUUCCCAACUCUGAAGUGAGUUUUUAGUGCAGCUGCUCCUUGAACUUCUCCACCCAACUCUGCUUUCCUCUAUCAAACUUUUUUACGAGGUUUAUUCCGUAGGUUUGUUGCUUUAACUGCUCUUUAAGAUUGAUUUUGUUAUUUAAGUGAGACAGUUUUAAGAUGCUCAAAUUGAAACAUCAAACUGUUUUAUUGCAUAUUCAUAAGAUUUUAUGACGUGUAAUUGCGCAUGUUAUUGGCUAAUAAAUAACUUUUAUUGCAUAGCUGCUUUUCCACAAUGAUCCACAUACUAAUUAACAAAAUGAAGACAUUUUUAGGGUUUUUUAUUCUAUUUUUUCAAAUGAUCUGAUGAUUAUGCAAUCAACCAUCCAAAUAAAUGAUUUAAUAGAACCAGGACAUAGUUUUACGUCAGACUGAAAAGAAACUUCUCACCUGAUUUCAACCUCUGACUGAGAGUGAACUAUGCCUCAUGGAAAUUUCCAUCACUAAUAGCCUGAGGCUUUUCGACUUCUCCUGUGCUUUUCUUUCCACUCUGGUAUUGAUACAGCUCUAAAUAUCGCCUGAGCUAAGAUUUGUGUUCUUUGACAGUGCAGGACCUCGGCUGUUGAAUAAUGCACACAGACACACUUUAAUUGCCUGGUCCAAGUCCUCUGUGUACCGGAGUGGCAUUGAGCUGGUGUUUCUCAUUAUGGACUGAACAUUGAAUAACUAGCCCCCUUUUGCUCUGCUGGCUGUACAACUAACUUGUUCUAACAGACUGAAUGACUCAGUCUCUGUUUCUAAUCGAGCUUCACAAGCUUUCCAAGCUGACUAAUCAAUGUUUCUUUCUCUCUGUGUCCCAAAACCUCUUCUCUAACGCCACUGCAUCUCUGCUUCACUAUCAAUCCAUUACUCCACAUCCAUUUGCUUUUUUACCAUCUCCACACCAAAGGCGGGUCAGUCCUUCCUGGGCUUCCAGAAGUACAAACUGGGAGCCGACUCAGCCCUCUUCUCCCAGGACUACACAGACCCCAGCCAGGAUGUAGCCGGAGCCCCUUACACCUCCUUUGGAGGGGAGGACGUAGAGAGCCCUGAAGGAGGAGGCCAGACCAAGAGCGACGGGGCCUUUGAUGGUAGUGGCGGCUACCAGCGUCAGGAUUAUUGAGUUAUUGGAAGGAUUCUGCAGGUCAAAGUUGCCCAUAGUUUCCAGUUUAGACUGGGGGGUAAGUUUCAGUAACGCUAAAAAGCACUGGGCACAUAGUUACAGCACUGUCACACAGCAUACCAAUGAGUUGUAGUGACCCACAGAUGAGUGUAAGAUCUGCCAAGGCUGAAGAUCAGGUGUGUAAAUUUGGGGAUCUUUUUUUAAUGUCUGCGAAAUUCCUGGAAAAUUACAGUGGUAGCUUUCCAACCAAAUCCCAGUCCACAAAGUUCCUCCUGUGUACCCAUCAGUUUUCUACAGGACAAACAAAAAGCUGCCUCUGACGCAGGAUGUUUUGGUACUGCGUUUAUUUUUUUUUUUACAAUGAUUAUGUCUCACAUUUUAAUAUUAAGUGUACAAAAAUGAACAGAUGACAUUCAAAACUGCUAAGGGUGCCAGUCAGUAACUAAUGUAUUUUCCAAAGUAGUUAAAUAAAAGUUUUCAGAACCACCUGUAUAUAAAAAAAAAUAAAUAAAUACUUACUCCCUGCCUUUUCAAGUACAUACAUGGAAUACCAAAGCCUGUGGCUGGGAGAGCACCCCUCCCUACCAUUUAUGUGCAUGCAAAGGCAGGGAGAGCAUCAGUGAAGACUCCCAGGGUGUUGAGAAGAGCAGGCAUCUGGGACAAUAUAUAUGACACUGUUUACACCUAAGCCCAUUUUGCUAAUUGGAUGCGUAGAAGGUAAUUUACUGUCAGCUGAAAUUGGCAGCUUUCAUGAUCAGCUUGUGUACAGUGGGCUGAGCUUAAAUCUGUGGCCUACCUGGACUGGUACUGUAUUCAAUUGACCAAAGUGGAGUUGACUUUGAUCCAGUGCUUUUCAGUAUGUACAUGCAAUAUUCACACUACAUUAAGGAGAGGAGAAGUUUGAUUCAGUGUCUGUGACUUUCAAGUUAAAAAUCUGACUGAAUCUCAGAAAUUAUGGGCAACUUUUUCCCUUUUUGGAGGCAAGGGGAAUGACAAGAGUUUGGGAAAAGAUGUCAAUUAUCUGUGAGUUUUCAGGGAUACAAUAGCAAAGGGUUCAGGAAAUCCACAGGAGGAGAUUGUGGGAUUUCAUAAAGACAAUGAGUGUGGAUAGAAAGAUAAACAAAAACAGGGGCAGGAAGCUUCCAGAGAUCAUGGGUUUGCAGAAUUGGUCACCCAGUAGCAAAUUAAUGCUCGUGACCACUAUGCCUUCAUCUUCUGACAUCUGCAGUCAGUCAGCUAAACAGCUAAGAUCAGUGUUAAUUGAAACACACACACAGGUAACAGACACACAUACGAACACACACUCACAUGAUAUUGGUUUAACAUGGGCAACACAAGUUUUCUGCUGACUAAACUCCUCAGAGGUGCAUUACAGGACAAACAAGCAACAGUGGCAUAUCUGGCAACUAAUCCCCUCAGCUGUUACACAGGACUUUGUGUUUGAGUGUGAAUGUGUGUGUGCUGAAAGGUCCUUUGGGUUUUAAUGAAGCGUGGAUGUGGGACAGCGUGUGUUUUCUCGUUUCCCUGAAGAAGCCACUUUUUUCUUUACUCAAUUGUUGCCUUAGUGCUGACUGCCAAGUGAAAUCCAAUGAACACAGGGCGACACAAACCCAACAACAUCCACAGAAAUCCUCCUUCCUCUUUUAGCGUCUUUGGAGCAAAAGCAAGCAGAUUGUUUUUUGUUUUUUUUUCCUUGCUUUUGCUCCUAAGCAUGUUAAUAAACUGAACAAAAUAAGCAUCAACACACUGAUAGAGCAUCUCAAAUGACAGACAGAAAAACGACAGUUCUCUAUCAACCGGCCUUUACACACCAAAUUCUACACUGCAGACCUGCAGCUUUUUUCUUCUCAUUAUAUGUCAACAGGCAACCAUGAUCAUUCUGAGUAUUUAUGAACAUGCAUUUCUCCAUUUUUCUUAAAGAACAAAGUAUAUCUUUCUCUCUAUAAAUAUAUGUAAAUCUAUAAUUCAGUAUAUUAGAUUGUUUGAAAGAAAAAAUAUGCUUUAUUUUAGGGCAUUAUCCUAGUUCUGUAUAAAAAAGAAAAGACAUAAGAAAGAAGAUAUAUGUUCUGUUGAGUGUUAUCGUGUUAAGAUUUACGGAGAGGUCAUCCACACCUCCUUUCUGUUGCUUUCAGGGUAUGGAGAAGUUUUUAUUUUGGGAUAAUAAUACCAACUAUAAAAACAGCAACAAAAAUGUGACCAAAUUAUCAAAGUACAUAUGCAUAUACGUAUAUACUUUAUACUGUACCGUGUAACCGUAGAAAUGUGUGAUGUUCCUUUGUGAAAUCUGUUAAACUGCAAAGUCAGGUUUAAGAAAAGAUUGUCUCCAAAUGUAUGUUUUUGAUGUGUUUGAUUUUAACUGGUAAAAAUAAAGAAAUACUGCUAAGACACUGAUAUGAACAUGUGA